AUGGAGAACGGAAAACAGGAACAUAGCAUUUCAGAGGAGGGUGAUAUGGCACAAAGCAAGCCAAAACAGCGAGGAGUCGGCUGUAACCCUUUUAAGAGAAGAUAUGAAAAAGAUGCCAGUGAAAAAUGCGAGGUACCUUUGGUAGGUUUCGAACCCAAAGCCGCGAACCAACGACACUCAAUUGUUUAUGAUUCAGCUCUGGAAAGUAGUGAGGUCGUAACUCCAAUAUCACCUCAUGCUUUAAAGUUGUUUGAAGCUAUUCGAGAAGAUGAAAUGGAGCUGGUCGAAGCGGAGCUUUCUACCCUAACAGAUAAGUGCGAAAUUGAUAAAUUAGUCGGACAGGGGUUUGCCCUAAUCCAUGUCGCUGCUCGGUAUAAUUUCAGCAGAUCAGUGACAAACCUGCUAGAUCGUGGAGCGAAUAUCAACGUGGGGACGAGUGACUAUCGAUGGACGCCUCUUCAUUUAGCAGCCAGGUGUGUUGAAAGGUUUAAAUUAUUAUAUUCUACAUUAUCUAUUCUAACGUUUCAGAAUCGACUCUUGAAAUUUCCAUAAUAUUUACACAAAUCAUAAGCUCCUAUAGUUUCUGUUAGGUCUCCUCGCCACUUCUUUUUUUCUUCUUUUCCUAUAUUUUUUGUAAUUAUUGUGUGGCGAAUAAAAUAAAAUAAAUUAUCGCUAGCUUGCGCAAGCGGAUGUGUGCAACAGAUCGUUUGUUAAAUAGUGUAAGAAUUUGUUUAUAAUAAUAAUAAUAAUAGUCUUUAUUGCUAAAAGAUAAAAGUACACAUCUUUUGUUACAUUCUAGUAUACGCUCAAUAAAAAUUUACCCUAAAAAUUAAACUAGUUACACCACAAAUAAAAUGUUACGUAGAAACUUCCUUAUCUUGCGUCUAAAAAUCAUUCUAUUUACAUAAGAUGUCAUAAAUCGUUCACUAUUAACCUUGGGGAGGGCAUACCGUUUUUUACGCAGAUUAUAUUUAUUCUCCUUUGUUGGUGGUAAGUACGAGCCUAGCGGAUGGUUAUCUACAGAGAUAAUAGCCUUUAAAAUCUUGCAGUCCUGUCUAUAUAAAAGAUCCUUAAUAGAAACUGGAGAAGAAGCAAAGCGGUGCUUGUGGCAGCGAUCCAACAAACAGCUGUAUAAUAUUCAAAUGUGAUCCAGACGCUCCAUACACAGAAAGGCAAUAUGAAAAAUUCGGUAGAACUAAGGACUUAAAUAAAUGUUCUAUCUUUACUUGAGAGUAUUGCUCCUUUCUAAGAGACCUUACAACAUGCAAACGUCUGUUUCCUUUGACUAAUUUCAUUCUAUAUUGCAUUUGUUAUUUUGAGGAAACUAACUUUUAUUGCUUUCUUUUGAGGCUGAAGUAGAACAAUCCAAUAUUCCCCUCUGUCUGCUUUCAUUUGAAACUUUACAUAUUGUAUGUUGUAUUUGACAAAUCAGGUAUUAAAAGGAACGUCAUCACGUUCUAUACUGUUCAGUAACAAUUUCCGUAUCUUUUAGCGAUACAUUGGCUUUUAAACCUCAAAAUUAAAAGCAUCUCGAUAUUGAAACAGAUCAUUUUCAAUCCUCUCUUUCUCAGAUCAAUUACGUGGCUUCUAUCUUUAGUUAACAAAUACACUCCCAAGGGCUUUUUUUGGAUUAUUGAUUUGCAAAUGUCUCUAAGUUUGAUGGAAAGGAAGUCUCCGCGAUUGAGUUUUGACUGUUCUUGCACACAUAAGAUCCAUGGUAAUUUAAAUCAAAAUUUGGAGAAAGAAGGAAAGCUUUUACAAUGUAGAAGAAAUGUGUGAUCAGGGCGUGACUAUGAGGCUGUGGUUUAUAGUUUUAAUUUAAGUACCCAGUUUCAUGGAAAAUUUCACCUUUGGGAGUAAAACAACCAACCUGCCCUUUAGAAUGUCUGACUGGGUGAAAAAGACGGCGAAGAUGAAUCGAACUCUAGCGUUCCUUAAAACAAAGUCAGUCCGCAGAGGGUACACCUGGGAAUUCUUGGUUGGGCAGUGCCGCCAUGUUCUCCAAUUCCUGACCAUAUUUCGUACCAAAAAAUGUCAUUUUUCACAUCCGUUUUAAGACCCCGCCUGUAAAAUCCAUACCCAUUCUCAGACCUGGCCUUUAUGAAAUUAUGCCAUCAUUACUUAGAUUAGAACAGCAACAAGAAAGAUUUCUAAAAAUCCAUUUCGAAUUUGCAUAUUUAUCUUUAUUUGGAAUUGAAACAAUUACACUCCCGUCGUUCCCUAGAAAACCAAACCCGAUUCCAGACCAAAAUGAGCAAAGUCUAUACCCGUUUUCAGACCAAAACUGCGCAAAAUCCCUACCCUUUGGAGAAGCACCAUCCUCAGAGACCUAGGGACAGUUAGUCGGGUCGAUAAAAUGUUCGCGGUGAAAGUUUACCCCCCCCCCCCCGGAUCAGCGCAAGGUCCCUAAUCUUGUUGUGGUCUGACAGUCUUCUACGUAUAAAAUUGUCAAAGUUAUAAAGCCUUUUUAAAAAAAAAUGCCUCAAAGGAUUCUGGGAGAUUUUCUAUGAUAAUUAUAAUUUACUUUCAUUAUACUAUUACAUGAAAAAUUUCUGCAAUUUGAUUGGCUUAGAGCAGUGGUAUUUCAGCUUAAUUUGAAAUACCUACAUUUGAAAAUUACAAAACCUUUCCGGGUAGUAGUAUAAACAAAUAAUAGCAUGAUUUGUACGUGAUAUUUCAAAAUUGUCUCAAAUUUCACCCGCCUAUCGGCUCGUGAAAUUAAGUGUAACAAGUUUGAAAUAUCCGCACUCGUGGUAUUUAUGUCAAAUAUCACUAGAAAUCAUGUUAUUACCUAAUACCUGUACUAAUUAUGGUAUUAGUAUGGGUACUGAAAUGGUAACGAAUGAAAUCUGCAGGAAAUAAUUUCGCGCGUGUUUUGUCUUAAAGGCCCGGGGAAAUUAUUGCCCCCUCAGGGUUCCGGACCCUAAAAUCCCCCGCGUAGAGAAGUAUCGUUUUUUUUUUCAUUGUAUUGGUAAAAUGUCAAAUCUUCUCGAUUUGAAGAAACUAGGCGCGUAAGGUGGUCCCAGUUAAUUUUUCAGCAUGCGCGGGAAGUGGUCUUGGGUAAUGCUGUUCAGUAAGCGUCCAAGGUGGUAUUGGAAAGUUCUGGAAAUACGUCGUUGACCAGUCAGCAUUAGAUUCCAUCCUCCAAAACCACUUUUCCCUUUUACCUGCACUUACGUAAAAUCUCUAAGUCUCUUCAAAUUGUUACUCUAAAUAAGGCCUUUGAUACCGUCAAUCAUUCAAUCUUACUGAAAAAACUUAAUCACUAUGGUAUCACGGGCAUCAUUUAACGACUGGUUUUCUUCGUACCUUCUUGGCCGUUCACAAGUGACUGAAAUAGAUUCUAAUUUAUGGACCAUUAAUAAGAUCUCAUGUGGUGUCCCACCAGGCUCUGUUCUUGGUCCUUUGUUAUUCCUAAUUUAUAUUAAUGAUUUUCAUAACGCUUCAGCGAAGUUUGUUGUAUGGCGACAAAAAUCUUAAAUCUCUUGAAAAAACGGUCAAUAACGAACUGGUCAGAGUCUCGGAUUGGCUCAAUGCAAAUAAGCUAACAUUAAAUGCUAAAUAGUCAAACUUAGUUAUCUUUCGUCCUCACCUACGUAAGAUGGACCAUUCGGUCAAUAUUCUAAUGUUUGAUAACAGUAAUCACAUUCUUACUUCCCUUGAGUGUAAGGAUCAUGUAAAAUAUGUAGGUGUCUUACUGGAUAGUCAUUUGAGCUGGAAAUACCACAUUGACAAUGUAUCACUAAAAAAAAGUAAAAAUUGCAAGGAGAGACAGGCCGCACAUCUUAGCCUCAAAUCGGUGUGAAACCUUUGAAAACCUUCUACAUAUUGAUAUUGCUCCAUUGAGGAGUACUCUUUCAGGGAUUUUACACUCGAAAAAUUGAACGAUGAUUUUUAUCGAUAUCAGGAGCCCAUGACUCUGUCAGUAUAAAUAUACAUAGCUUCUUUGUACCGGACCAAGAUACGGCUGGGUACAGUAUAUGUUCAGCACAGGAAAAAAGUGCAAGUUUAACAGAACCUUAAACAACCCACAGUCAAUUCAGUUCGCGCGUAUUCCUGCUGAAUUUGUUGUCCGUUUUAUAAGAUAUCAAUAUCGUAUGAAAGUAAUGACAUUUUCCAUAGCUGCUUAGUAUCUACUUUUAAUAUCUCCGUACAGUCUCAGAGUACAAUGUUUAGAGUUUUACACAGCAUACAUUUUAGAUAGAUAGAUAGAUAGAUACAUAGAUAGAUAGAUAGAUAGAUAGAUAGAUAGAUAGAUACAUAGAUAGCUAUAGAUAGAUAGAUAGAUAGAUAGAUAGCUAUAGAUAGAUAGAUAGAUAGAUAGAUAGAUAGAUAGAUAGAUAGAUAGAUAGAAGAUAGAUAGAUAGAUAGAUAGAUAGAUAGAUAGAUAGAUAGAUAGAUAAGUAGUUAGGUAGGUAGGUAGGUAGGUGGGUAGGUAAGAAACUUAGUUUACGGUACGAUAAAAAGAUCAGCAUUGCUGGUGGGGUCGUGCAUACAACAAUUACAAGAAAAAUAAGGAGUACUGAAAGCAAAUGUACCCUUAAAAAUUCAAAACUGUUAAAUGUAUUCUUGUAUUACGUACAGUAUCACCGGGAUAAAGCGUUUCAUUUUUCCGGAAAAUUCCACUUUCUCGUCAAAACAAUUACUGACUCAGACAGACUCGGAUUAGUUAACUUGAAUUUAGUGUUCAGUACAGCGAACGGGGUUAUGUUCUGUGAAAUUUAUCUACAGUCUGUGGUCCACCACUGAUCCACGAUUUAUUUAUUUAUUUAUUUUAUUUUCAAGUUCUUUUUUAAACGAUCCUCUAUCCCUGAUUUCUCGAUCCUCUAUCCUGAUUUUCCAGUAAAACCUUGAAGUUUUGCUCAUUAAGAUUAUUCUUUUUUUCCGACCACUGAAGUGAUCAGUUGUUCCAAAAUAAUCAACGCUUUCAAGUCAUAGAAUUCUUGGACCAACCUGUUCCGGAAAAGCUCGAUAUGGGAUUUGUAUUAACUAUGGACAUGAAGUGCUGCAAGUAGAGUGUGCGGUUAAUCAAGUUCAAAGCUACCCGUAUAAACACAUCCGUGACACGUUGGGGUGGAUUUCCACUGAUGCGUUUUUGGCUCCGCACGUUAACGCACGUAAAUUUUAAUCACGUAAAUCAAAUAGAGGUAAGACAUAAAGUAUUGAGAUUAAACAUCAAAUUAAGCGAGUUUCUACCUUUGUACGUGCGGCCUUUCAUACAUUGCCUUUAUUUUAUUUGCGAACGCAAAUUUUACGCACGUCCGCACGUAAAAAUUACGUGACAGUGGAUACUUCAUAUCUCAAGUAUUUAUGAAGUGGAAGUGGAAUCUCUUUGCAUUGCACGCAUCCACUGUAGAUUCUCUGAGAGUAUACUUUUCUCGGCUCUUUUCUGUAAACAGGAAGAAGAGCGUUCUCGGCUUUCACGCGGGCCACAUUUACUGAAUCUCCGUUCCCUUCGUACUCAUUGAUCAAUGUCUUGCGCUGGGUCUCAUGGCGUUUCUCGGCUUUAUCAAAAAUGCGUGACCAAGGCUCUAUGCUUUCUGUUUCUUCUUGGGAAGACUCCGUUCCUUGGCUAGAGACUUCGCUUUCUUCAUAUUUUCCAGCACCUUGUUGAAUAAGGUUGUAAUGGAGGUUACUGUUCCACAUAUUUUUGGUUCGAACCGCACACGUUCUGAUAGGAAACUAAACUUCACAAAGUAACGCGUCCCUUUUAUAGAAAAUUGGUCAAGGCAGGGUUACUAAGCGUUCUCCUUCAUGAAUAAUGAACGAUCUUACAUCGACCAGUUAUUUAGAAGAUAAGACGGGCCAAAGCAAGGCUUAAAAGGCCAAACAAAGGUAAAAAGGGCCAAACGAACAUCAAAAAGCCAAAACCAGGACAAAAGGGACAAAAAGGACUAUCGGGCCAAGUUUCGUAAUACUUUCUCUUCCUUGCCAUAUCUUCAGUCUAUGUAUCUUUGGGAAAUUCUCUAGGCGGCCCGCCCACAAGAAGUACCAGUUACUAAAGGGAGAUAUAAACUUUUUAAUUAGGCACUUGAUAAAGAUGAUGAUGAUUCCAAUAUUGAGAGCUAUUGCGUGACUAAGGACGGGAGACACCCACACGUGUGCAUGAGAAAAACAAAACAAAGACACGUGGGUAAAAAUGGCCCGUUUGUCUCCUUCUGUCCCUUUGGGCCUAGCUUUGGCUAUUUUUAUCCAUUAAUUUCCAAUAUUGAUAUCUGUCGAUUAACUACGUCUGGCCAAAACCAGGCCAAAUAGCCUAUUGGUCUGUCUUUUGUUUUCUUUAAACAAUGACAGAAUGCAUAAUUAAUUUAUGGGGUCAUAUAUACGGAAAUCUUGCCAAAAAUUUUUCUUCAAGUCAGGUUUCUAUUUUUAACGGAAAAGGCAGCCAGUAGUCCAUGAGCCAAGGCCCCCAAAAGUGAUUUUCGUAGCAUUCCCUUUGGGACCAAGUAAUUCUGGUACCAAAUUAAAGCUUAUUGACUAUAUUUGAUGAAUUCACUUGUUGCCCGGCUGGCAACUUGCACUUUAAGGAGAUAAGGGAGCGUUUUUAACGCGGGGAGGGUGGGGAGCAUUUUUUGUCUUAUGAACUUCUGUGUUAUUUUGUGUUAUUUGUUUUUUAAUAAUACAGACAAAAAAUGCUCCCCACCCUCCCCCCGUUAAAAACGCCGCCGUAUCUCCUUAACGUGCAAGUUGCCAGCCAGGCAAUAAGUGAAUUCAUAAAAUAUAGUCAAUAAGCUUUAAUUUGGUACCAAAAUAGCUUGGUCCCAUAGGGGGUGCUACGAAAAUCAUUUCUUGACAUCAUUUCAGGAUUUGGCUCAUGGACUACAGGUGAUCCUCAGUAUUUGCUCUGAAUUUUACCAAAUUGGAACACAUAUUUAUUUACUCACAUACUUAUUCAUACUUGGCAAAACGAAUGCAAGUGUACGUGAGUUGAGUUGCUUUUAUAAUUAAGGGUUUCACUGUUCUGAAUGUUUUCACUUCGAUCGUGUAGAAUAUGGAGAACGGAAAACAGGAACAUAGCAUUUCAGAGGAGAGCGAUAUGGCAAAAAGCAAGCCAAAACAGCGGGGAGUCGGCUGUAACCCUUUUAAGAGCAGAUAUGAAAAAGAUGCCAGUGAAAAAUGCGAGGUACCUUUGGUAGGUUUCGAACCCAAAGCCGCGAACCAACGACACUCAAUUGUUUAUGAUUCAGCUCUGGAAAGUAGUGAGGUCGUAACUCCGAUAUCAGAUCAUGCUUUAAAUUUGUUUGAAGCUAUCCGAGAAGAUGAAAUGGAUCUGGUCGAAGCCGAGCUUUCUACCCUAACAGAUAAGUGCGAAAUUAAUAAAUUAGUCGGACAGGGGUUUGCCCUAAUCCAUGUCGCUGCUCGGUAUAAUUUCAGCAGAUCAGUGACAAAACUGCUAGGUCGUGGAGCGAAUAUCAACGUGGGGACGAGUGACUAUCGAUGGACGCCUCUUCAUUUAGCAGCCAGGUGUGUUGAAAGAUUUAAAUUAUUAUAUUCUACAUUAUCUAUUCUAACGUCUCAGAAUCGACCCUUGAAAUUGCCAUAUUAUUUACACAAAUCACUGAAAUUAUCGCUAGCUUGCGCAAGCGGAUUUGUACAACAGAUCGUUUGUUAAAUAGUGUAAGAAUUUGUUUAUAAUAAUAAUAAUAAUAGUCUUUAUUGCUAAAAGAUAAAAGUACACAUUUUUUGUUACAUUCUAGUAUACACUCAAUAAAAAUUUACCGUAAAAAUUAAACUAGUUACACCACAAAUAAAAUGUUACGUAGAAACUACCUUAAUUUAUCUUGCGUUUAAAAAUCAGUCUACUUACAUAAGAUGUCAUAAAUCUUUCAGUAUUAACCUUGGGGAGGGCAUACUGUUUUUUAUGCAGAUUAUAUUUAUUCUCCUUUGUUGGUGGUAAGUACGAGCCUAGCGGAUGGUUAUCUACAGAGAUAAUAGCCUUUAAAAUCUUGCAGUCCUGUCUAUAUAAAAGAUCCUUAAUAGAAACUGGAGAAGAAACAAAGCGGUGCUUGUGGCAGCGAUCCAACAAACAGUUGUAUAAUAUUCAAAUGUGAUUCAGACGCUCCAUACACAGAAAAGCAAUAUGUAAAAUUCGGUAGAACUAACUUAAAUAAAUGUUCUAUCUCUACUUGAGAGUAUUGCUCCCUCCUAAAAGACCUUAAAACAUGCAAACGUCUGUUUCCUUUAACUAAUUUCAUUCUUUAUUGCAUUUGUUAUUUUGAGGAAACUAACUUUUAUUGCUUUCUUUUGAGGCUGAAGUAGAACAAUCCAAUAUUCCGCCCUGUCUACUAUCAUAUGAAACUUUACAUAUUGUAUGUUGUAUUUGACAAAUCAGGUAUUAAAAGGAAAGUCAUCACGUCCUAUACUGUUGAGUAACAAUUUCCGUAUCUUAUAGCGAUACAUUGGCUUUUAAAGCUCAAAAUUAAAAGCAUCUCGAUAUUAAUUGAAACAGAUCAUUUUCAAUCCUCUCUUUCUCAGAUCAAUUACGUGGCUUCUAUCUUUAGUUAACAAGUACAGUCCCAAGGGCUUUUUUUGGAUUAUUGAUUUGCAAAAGUUUGAUGGAAAGGAAGUCUCCGCGAUUGAGUUUUGACUGUUCUUGCUCACAUAAGAUCCAUGAUAAUUUAAAUCAAAAUUUGGAGAAAGAAGGAAAGCUUUUACGAUGUAGAAGAAAUGAGUGAUCAGGGCGUGACUAUGAGCCUGUGGUUUAUAGUUUUCAUUUAAGUACCCAGUUUCAUGGAUAAUUUCACCUGUGGGGGUAAAACUUUAGAAUGCCUAACUGAAAAGAAAAAAAGACGGCGAAGAUGAAUCGAACUCUAGCGUUCCUUAAAACAAAGUCAGCCCCCCCGGGGGGGGGGGGUACACCUGGGAAUUCUUGGUUGGGCAGUGCCGCCAUGUUGUCCAAUUCCUGACCCUAUUUCAUACCAAAAAAUGUCUUUUUCACAUCCGUUUUCAGACCCCACCUCUAAAAUCCAUACCUAUUCUCAGACCUGGCCUUUAUGAAAUUAUGUCAUCAUUACUUAGAUUAGAACAGCAACAAAAAAGAUUUCUUAAAAUCCAUUUCGAACUUGCAUAUUUAUCUUUAUUUGGAAUUGAAACAAUUACACUCCCGUAGUUCCCUAGAAAACCAAACCCGUUUUCAGACCAAAACUGCGCAAAAUCCCUACUCUUUGGAGAAGCACCAUCCUAGGAGACCUAGGGACAGUUAGUCGGGUCGAUAAAAUGUUCGCGGUGAAAGUUUUCUGCUAUAUGUCUUAUAUAGGGGGGUACACCCCCCCCCCCCCGGAUCAGCGUAAGCUCCCUAAUCUUGUUGUGGUCUGACAGUCUUCUACGUAUAAAAUUGUCAAAGUUAUAAAGCCUUUUUAAAAAAAAAUGCCUCAAAGGAUUCUGGGAGAUUUUCUAUGAUAAUUAUAAUUUACUUUCAUUAUACUACUACAUGAAAAAUUUCUGCAAUUUGAUUGGCUUAGAGCAGUGGUAUUUCAGCUUAAUUUGAAAUACCUACAUUUGAAAAUUACAAAACCUUUCCGGGUAGUAGUAUAAACAAAUAAUAGCAUGAUUUGUACGUGAUAUUUCAAAAUUGUCUCAAAUUUCACCCGCCUAUCGGCUCGUGAAAUUAAGUGUAACAAGUUUGAAAUAUCCGCACUCGUGGUAUUUAUGUCAAAUAUCACUAGAAAUCAUGUUAUUACCUAAUACCUGUACUAAUUAUAGUAUUAGUAUGGGUACUGAAAUGGUAACGAAUGAAAUCUGCAGGAAAUAAUUUCGCGCGUGUUUUGUCUUAAAGGCCCGGGGAAAUUAUUGCCCCCUCAGGGUUCCGGACCCUAAAAUCCCCCGCGUAGAGAAGUAUCGUUUUUUUUUUCAUUGUAUUGGUAAAAUGUCAAAUCUUCUCGAUUUGAAGAAACUAGGCGCGUAAGGUGGUCCCAGUUAAUUUUUCAGCAUGCGCGGGAAGUGGUCUUGGGUAAUGCUGUUCAGUAAGCGUCCAAGGUGGUAUUGGAAAGUUCUGGAAAUACGUCGUUGACCGGUCAGCAUUAGAUUCCAUCCUCCAAAAUCACUUUUCCCUUUUACCUGCACUUACGUAAAAUCUCUAAGUCUCUUCAAAUUGUUACUCUAAAUAAGGCCUUUGAUACCGUCAAUCAUUCAAUCUUACUGAAAAAACUUAAUCACUAUGGUAUCACGGGCAUCAUUUAACGACUGGUUUUCUUCGUACCUUCUUGGCCGUUCACAAGUGACUGAAAUAGAUUCUAAUUUAUGGACCAUUAAUAAGAUCUCAUGUGGUGUCCCACCAGGCUCUGUUCUUGGUCCUUUGUUAUUCCUAAUUUAUAUUAAUGAUUUUCAUAACGCUUCAGCGAAGUUUGUUGUAUGGCGACAAAAAUCUUAAAUCUCUUGAAAAAACGGUCAAUAACGAACUGGUCAGAGUCUCGGAUUGGCUCAAUGCAAAUAAGCUAACAUUAAAUGCUAAAUAGUCAAACUUAGUUAUCUUUCGUCCUCACCUACGUAAGAUGGACCAUUCGGUCAAUAUUCUAAUGUUUGAUAACAGUAAUCACAUUCUUACUUCCCUUGAGUGUAAGGAUCAUGUAAAAUAUGUAGGUGUCUUACUGGAUAGUCAUUUGAGCUGGAAAAACCACAUUGACAAUGUAUCACUAAAAAUAAGUAGAAUUAUUGGAGUUAUUGCCCGUCUUCAGCACCUCGUCCCUUUUACCACUCUAUUAAGUAUUUAUCGCUCUUUGACACUACUCUACCUAUCCUAUGGCUAGGCUGCUUGGGGCCAAGCUGCUAAAUCCCAUUUACAAAAAAUCUUCGUGCUACAAAAACGUGUACUUCGGUUGAUGUAUUUUUCUGAACCCAGAGCACAUGCGGUGCCUUUAUUUACCUCCUCAAAAAUGCUUCCUUUAAAUAUGUUAUACGUUGAAACAGUUUCCUCAAUAAUGUUCGACAUCUCAUCUCUAACUGGUCCCACUAACGUUAUUAAUCUAUUCAUUAAAGCUAAUGAAAAGCAUAAUCGCAAGACCAGGUUGUUCUCCUUCCGCAAUUUUUAUUUUAAACGAUCGAGACUGAAUCAAAACCAUGGUUCUUUUGCUAGUUUCGGAGCUAAGUUUUAUAACUCCAUUUGCGAUGACCUUCGUCACCUCCCCAAGAGAGCUUACGAAAAACAUAUCAAUGACAUGUUAUUUUCCUUAUUAGAGGCCAAGGGCGAUUAUGUUGAAUCGCCGAUUCUGCUUCAAAAAAAUAGCUAACUAUCGAGCAAAUACAGAGUUUAAUUUAUAAAGUAUAGAUAUCGUAAUUUAGUGUCGCAGUUAAUUUUACGUGUUUCAAGUAGUUGAUUUUGUAAAUGUUAUCAAUUAAUGUUUAAGCUUUAUUUCACUUAUUUAUAUAUAUCUAGUUAUUUAUUUCUUUAUUCAUCAAUUUAUUUGUUAUUUAUUACUGAUUGCUGUACGUAAUUUUGUCAGCAAUUUCAACUAACCACCUGCUAUUUGCGGGCGGAAAUGGACUUUAUGUAAAUGUAGAUUGUUAAUAAUAAUAAAGUGUGUGAAAGUUUUUUUUUUAAAAAAAUGUGGCGUAAGUGGGAUUCACAUUCGCGGCCCUAGAAACCGGUGAAAUCCAUCGUCUAUACCACUAUUUGACUGAAACUUAAAUUUUGUUUUACAUUUUUAUAUUUAGUGACAAACCUAACAGUAAAUGAAAGCUAACCAUUUCGAGUCAGCGCUUAGCAAGACGCCAAUCGGGAAAAGAAAAUAUAUGAAAAAAAAAAAAACGACAAGAAAGAAAAAACAAGCUUUUGCAAGAAUCUUACCCGGCACACUUUGUCUGCGAGAAAUAUUUCUCACCACAACGCUACGUGACGAAAUGGAUUUGACGUAUUGUUUGACGUAUAGGUUUUCACGUAUUGACGGUAUUGUAUUGUAAGUAUUGUUUUUCAAGUAUUUUCCCGUAGGAGCUAAGUUUAACGCUGAUCGUCUCGUAUUAAACACGAAUACGCCGCUUCAGGGAAAAACCGGAAGUUGCAUGGAAGCGAGGCCUAAGGGCCCUCAUACUCAAAAAGGCGACGUAACGACAAGAUUCUUGUAAGCAAAAAAAGACAAGAACGCUCUUAGUAGCGUUGAGUCUCGCUUGCUUGGAGAUGAGUUUUGUUGUCAAAGGCCCCGGUGCUGUUAUACUACUUUUUCGUUUGGAAUACAAAACGAGUGCUGUAUGUCAUAAUGUAUAUACUCAAAAAGUAAAAAUUGCAAGGAGAGACAGGCCGCACAUCUUAGCCUCAAAUCGGUGUGAAACCUUUGAAAACCUUCUACAUAUUGAUAUUGCUCCAUUGAGGAGUACUCUUUCAGGGAUUUUACACUCGAAAAAUUGAACGAUGAUUUUUAUCGGUAUCAGGAGCCCAUGACUCUGUCACUAUAAAUAUACAUAGCUUCUUUGUACCGGACCAAGAUACGGCUCGGUACAGUAUAUGUUCAGCACAGGAAAAAAGUGCAAGUUUAACAGAACCUUAAACAAUCCACAGUCAAUUCAGUUCGUGCGUAUUCCUGCUGAAUUUGUUGUCCGUUUUAUAAGAUAUCAAUAUCGUAUGAAAGUAAUGACAUUUUCCAUAGCUGCUUAGUAUCUACUUUUAAUAUCUCCGUACAGUCUCAGAGUACAAUGUUUAGAGUUUUACACAGCAUACAUUUUAGAUAGAUAGAUAGAUAGAUAGAUAGAUAGAUAGAUAGAUAGAUAGAUAGAUAGAUAGAUACAUACAUACAUACAUACAUACAUACAUACAUACAUAGAUAGAUAGAUAGAUAGAUAGAUAGAUAGCUAUAGAUAGAUAGAUAGAUAGAUAGAUAGAUAGAUAGAUAGAUAGAUAGAUAGAUAGAUAAGUAGGUAGGUAGGUAGGUGGGUAGGUAGGUGGGUAGGUAAGAAACUUAGUUUACGGUACGAUAAAAAGAUCAGCAUUGCUGGUGGGGUCGUGCAUACAAAAAUUACAAGAAAAAUAAGGAGUACUGAAAGCAAAUGUACCCUUAAAAAUUCAAAACUGUUAAAUUUAUUCUUGUAUUACGUACAGUAUCACCGGGAUAAAGCGUUUCAUUUUUCCGGAAAAUUCCACUUUCUCGUCAAAACAAUCACUGACUCAGACAGACUCGGAUUCGUUAACUUGAAUUUAGUGUUCAGUACAGCGAACGGGGUUAUGUUCUGUGAAAUUUAUCUACAGUCUGUGGUCCACCACUGAUCCACGAUUUAUUUAUUUAUUUAUUUUAUUUUCAAGUUCUUUUUAAACGAUCCUCUAUCCCUGAUUUCUCGAUCCUCUAUCCUGAUUUUCCAGUAAAACCUUGAAGUUUUGCUCAUUAAGAUUAUUCUUUUUUUCCGACCACUGAAGUGAUCAGUUUUUCCAAAAUAAUCAACGCUUUCAAGCCAUAGAAUUCUUGGACCAACCUGUUCCGGAAAAGCUCGAUAUGGGAUUUGUAUUAACUAUGGACAUGAAGUGCUGCAAGUAGAGUGUGCGGUUAAUCAAGUUCAAAGCUACCCGUAUAAACACAUCCGUGACACGUUAGGGUGGAUUUCCACUGAUGCGUUUUUGGCUCCGCACGUUAACGCACGUAAAUUUUAAUCACGUAAAUCAAAUAGAGGUAAGACAUAAAGUAUUGAGAUUAAACAUCAAAUUAAGCGAGUUUCUACUUUUGUACGUGCGGCCUUUCAUACAUUUCCUUUAUUUUAUUUGCGAACGCAAAUUUUACGCACGUCCGCACGUAAAAAUUACGUGACAGUGGAUACUUCAUAUCUCAAGUAUUUAUGAAGUGGAAGUGGAAUCUCUUUGCAUUGCACGCAUCCACUGUAGAUUCUCUGAGAGUAUACUUUUCUCGGCUCUUUUCUGUAAACAGGAAGAAGAGCGUUCUCGGCUUUCACGCGGGCCACAUUUACUGAAUCUCCGUUCCCUUCGUACUCAUUGAUCAAUGUCUUGAGCUGGGUCUCAUGGCGUUUCUCGGCUUUAUCAAAAAUGCGUGACCAAGGAUCUAUGCUUUCUGUUUCUUCUUGGGAAGACUCCGUUCCUUGGCUAGAGACUUCGCUUUAUUAUAUACAUACUGAGAAAUACUCACCAAAAAGCUAUGUCGUAAACUUUCGUACGCAAAUUAGUUAUAGCCAAUCAGAGAAGCGAACGAUGGUUUUCACACGUGAAAAAAACGAUACGUCCAAUCAGAAUCGCGAACGAUGUUUUUUCACGUGUGAGAAAAAUGAUACGUCCAAUCAGAAGCCACAGAGGUGUAGGAGUUUCGCGCCAAAAUUCCCGCCUUUUAUUGCAGCUUGCAGCGCCGCUUCGCACACAUUUAUCAACGAGAAAAGUUUUACUCAAGGAGUUUUUCUCGCUAAAAAAGUGAAAAACAUUUCGGAAAUGGAGUGGAAUAGUUUCGUUUGUUUCACUGUCGAUAAAAAAAUACGGUAGAGAGCGGUGAAACAACAGCGGAAAGGGAUAAACAGAACGAGACGUAAGCUUUUGUUGUGCUUUUUGUCGGAGCUACUUUGUCUUUCAUUUAAGCUUAAGCUUAUAUUGAAACCGGUCAUUUUACUUAAAUUCACUCAUUUUCAAUUGUGCAUUGAGAACAAACAGUUAAGAUUACUUACAGUUCUUGGAUUACCUCAUAUCCUUACCAUCAUUUAGGUUUUUAACAAACGUUUUUACUCAAAAGCUGAUACUUCGUUUUCGUUGUCAUUUUGCGGUAAGUGUGUAGCGGCAAAAUUUAGCAUUUUUGAAAGAUUUAAAAUAAAAAGGCCGCGAAAAUGAUGAAUGUCUCAGUAUGUAUAUAAUAAACACAAUACCACAUGGAAAGUCCUUUGUACAGUAUUUAUGCACUCGUUGUUUUUGUAUCAGAAAUCUUACUCGUUCGCUGCGCUCACUCGUUCGAUUUCUGACACGUCAACAACUCGUGCGUAAAUACCGUACGCCAGCACUUUCCAUGAAGUAUUCUCUAUUUCUUCAUAUUUUCCAGCACCUUGUUGAAUAAGGUUGUAAUGGAGGUUACUGUUCCACAUAUUUUUGGUUCGAACCGCACACGUUCUGAUAGGAAACUAAACUUCACAAAGUAACGCGUCCCUUUUAUAGAAAAUUGGUGAAGGCAGGGUUACUAAGCGUUCUCCUUCAUGAAUAAUGAACGAUCUUACAUCGACCAGUUAUUUAGAAGAUAAGACGGGCCAAAGCAAGGCUUAAAAGGCCAAACAAAGGUAAAAAGGGCCAAACGAACAUCAAAAAGCCAAAACCAGGACAAAAGGGACAAAAAGGACUAUCGGGCCAAGUUUCGUAAUACUUUCUCUUCCUUGCCAUAUCUUCAGUCUAUGUAUCUUUGGGAAAUUCUCUAGGCGGCCCGCCCACAAGAAGUACCAGUUACUAAAGGGAGAUAUAAACUUUUUAAUUAGGCACUUGAUAAAGAUGAUGAUGAUUCCAAUAUUGAGAGCUAUUGCGUGACUAAGGACGGGAGACACCCGCACGUGUGCAUGAGAAAAACAAAACAAAGACACGUGGGUUAAAAUGGCCCGUUUGUCUCCUUCUGUCCCUUUGGGCCUAGCUUUGGCUAUUUUGGCCUGAUUUAGGCUAUUUUGGCCUGGUUUUGAGUGUGAAUCUGAAGAUGAAGAGUAUGUAGCAGUGAUUGCUGUUGAAUUAACAGCUCAAUUCUGUAGCCUUAGCUGCCAUUUUCUGUGACUUCGAUUUCUAUCGAUUUCCGAUAUCAAUCAAUGUCAAUCAGCAGAUUAAAUCGAUUGACAUCAAUGAUAUCCAUUAAUUUCCAAUAUUGAUAUCUAUCGAUUAACUACGUCUGGCCAAAACCAGGCCAAAUAGCCUAUUGGUCUGUCUUUUGUUUUCUUUAAACAAUUACAGAAUGCAUAAUUAAUUUAUGGGGUCAUAUAUACGGAAAUCUUGCCAAAAAUGUUUGUUUAAGUCAGGUUUCUAUUUUAAACGGAAAAGGCAGCCAGUAGUCCAUGAGCCAAGGCCCCCAAAAGUGAUUUUCGUAGCAUUCCCUUUGGGACCAAGUAAUUCUGGUACCAAAUUAAAGCUUAUUGACUAUAUUUGAUAAAUUCACUUGUUGUCCGGCUGGCAACUUGCACUUUAAGGAGAUAAGGGAGCGUUUUUAACGCGGGGAGGGUGGGGAGCAUUUUUUGUCUUAUGAACUUCUGUGUUAUUUUGUGUUAUUUGUUUUUUAAUAAUACAGACAAAAAAUGCUCCCCACCCUCCCCCCGUUAAAAACGCCGCCGUAUCUCCUUAACGUGCAAGUUGCCAGCCGGGCAAUAAGUGAAUUCAUCAAAUAUAGUCAAUAAGCUUUAAUUUGGUACCAAAAUAGCUUGGUCCCAUAGGGGGUGCUACGAAAAUCAUUUUUUGACAUCAUUUCAGGAUUUGGCUCAUGGACUACAGGUGAUUCUCAGCAUUUGCUCUGAAUUUUACCAAAUUGGAACACAUAUUUAUUUACUCACAUACUUAUUCAUACUUGGCAAAACGAAUGCAAGUGUACGUGAGUUGAGUUGCUUUUAUAAUUAAGGGUUUCACUGUUCUGAAUGUUUUCACUUCGAUCGUGUAGAAUAUGGAGAACGGAAAACAGGAACAUAGCAUUUCAGAGGAGGGUGAUAUGGCAAAAAGCAAGCCAAAACAGCGGGGAGUCGGCUGUAACCCUUUUAAGAGCAGAUAUGAAAAAGAUGCCAGUGAAAAAUGCGAGGUACCUUUGGUUGGUUUCGAACCCAAAGCCGCGAACCAACGACACUCAUUUGUUUAUGAUUCAGCUCUGGAAAGUAGUGAGGUCGUGACUCCGAUAUCAGAUCAUGCUUUAAAUUUGUUUGAAGCUAUCCGAGAAGAUGAAAUGGAUCUGGUCGAAGCCGAGCUUUCUACCCUAACAGAUAAGUGCGAAAUUGAUAAAUUAGUCGGACAGGGGUUUGCCCUAAUCCAUGUCGCUGCUCGGUAUAAUUUCAGCAGAUCAGUGACAAAACUGCUAGGUCGUGGAGCGAAUAUCAACGUGGGGACGAGUGACUAUCGAUGGACGCCUCUUCAUUUAGCAGCCAGGUGUGUUGAAAGAUUUAAAUUAUUAUAUUCUACAUUAUCUAUUCUAACGUCUCAGAAUCGACCCUUGAAAUUGCCAUAUUAUUUACACAAAUCACUGAAAUUAUCGCUAGCUUGCGCAAGCGGAUGUGUACAACAGAUCGUUUGUUAAAUAGUGUAAGAAUUUGUUUAUAAUAAUAAUAAUAAUAAUAAUAGUCUUUAUUGCUAAAAGAUAAAAGUACACAUCUUUUGUUACAUUCUAGUAUACACUCAAUAAAAAUUUACCUUAAAAAUUAAACUAGUUACACCACAAAUAAAAUGUUACGUAGAAACUACCUUAUCUUGCGUUUAAAAAUCAGUCUACUUACAUAAGAUGUCAUAAAUCUUUCAGUAUUAACCUUGGGGAGGGCAUACUGUUUUUUAUGCAGAUUAUAUUUAUUCUCCUUUGUUGGUGGUAAGUACGAGCCUAGCGGAUGGUUAUCUACAGAGAUAAUAGCCUUUAAAAUCUUGCAGUCCUGUCUAUAUAAAAGAUCCUUAAUAGAAACUGGAGAAGAAACAAAGCGGUGCUUGUGGCAGCGAUCCAACAAACAGUUGUAUAAUAUUCAAAUGUGAUUCAGACGCUCCAUACACAGAAAAGCAAUAUGUAAAAUUCGGUAGAACUAACUUAAAUAAAUGUUCUAUCUCUACUUGAGAGUAUUGCUCCCUUCUAAAAGACCUUAAAACAUGCAAACGUCUGUUUCCUUUGACUAAUUUCAUUCUUUAUUGCAUUUGUUAUUUUGAGGAAACUAACUUUUAUUGCUUUCUUUUGAGGCUGAAGUAGAACAAUCCAAUAUUCCGCCCUGUCUACUAUCAUAUGAAACUUUACAUAUUGUAUAUUGUAUUUGACAAAUCAGGUAUUAAAAGGAAAGUCAUCACGUCCUAUACUGCUGAGUAACAACUUCCGUAUCUUUUAGCGAUACAUUGGCUUUUAAAGCUCAAAAUUAAAAGCAUCUCGAUAUUAAUUGAAACCGAUCAUUUUCAAUCCUCUCUUUCUCAGAUCAAUUACGUGGCUUCUAUCUUUAGUUAACAAGUACACUCCCAAGGGCUUUUUUUGGAUUAUUGAUUUGCGAAAGUUUGAUGGAAAGGAAGUCUCCGCGAUUGAGUUUUGACUGUUCUUGCUCACAUAAGAUCCAUGAUAAUUUAAAUCAAAAUUUGGAGAAAGGAGGAAAGCUUUUACGAUGUAGAAGAAAUGUGUGAUCAGGGCGUGACUAUGAGGCUGUGGUUUAUAGUUUUCAUUUAAGUACCCAGUUUCAUGGAUAAUUUCACCUUUGGGGGUAAAACUUUAGAAUGCCUAACUGAAAAAGAAAAAACGACGGCGAAGAUGAAUCGAACUCUAGCGUUCCUUAAAACAAAGUCAGCCCCCCGGGGGGAGGGUACACCUGGGAAUUCUUGGUUGGGCAGUGCCGCCAUGUUGUCCAAUUCCUGACCCUAUUUCAUACCAAAAAAUGUCUUUUUCACAUCCGUUUUCAGACCCCACCUCUAAAAUCCAUACCUAUUCUCAGACCUGGCCUUUAUGAAAUUAUGUCAUCAUUACUUAGAUUAGAACAGCAACAAAAAAGAUUUCUUAAAAUCCAUUUCGAACUUGCAUAUUUAUCGUUAUUUGGAAUUGAAACAAUUACACUCCCGUAGUUCCCUAGAAAACCAAACCCGAUUCCAGACCAAAAUGAGCAAAGUCUAUACCCGUUUUCAGACCAAAACUGCGCAAAAUCCCUACUCUUUGGAGAAGCACCAUCCUCGGAGACCUAGGGACAGUUAGUCGGGUCGAUAAAAUGUUCGCGGUAAAAGUUUACCCCCCCGGAUCAGCGUAAGGUCCCUAAUCUUGUUGUGGUCUGACAAUCUUCUACGUAUAAAAUUGUCAAAGUUAUAAAGCCUUUUUAAAAAAAAAUGCCUCAAAGGAUUCUGGGAGAUUUUCUAUGAUAAUUAUAAUUUACUUUCAUUAUACUACUACAUGAAAAAUUUCUGCAAUUUGAUUGGCUUAGAGCAGUGGGAUUUCAGCUUAAUUUGAAAUACCUACAUUUGAAAAUUACAAAACCUUUCCGGGUAGUAGUAUAAACAAAUAAUAGCAUGAUUUGUACGUGAUAUUUCAAAAUUGUCUCAAAUUUCACCCGCCUAUCGGCUCGUGAAAUUAAGUGUAACAAGUUUGAAAUAUCCGCACUCGUGGUAUUUAUGUCAAAUAUCACUAGAAAUCAUGUUAUUACCUAAUGCCUGUACUAAUUAUAGUAUUAGUAUGGGUACUGAAAUGGUAACGAAUGAAAUUUGCAGGAAAUAAUCUCGCGCGUGUUUUGUCUUAAAGGCCCGGGGAAAUUAUUGCCCCUCAGGGUUCCGGACCCUAAAAUCCCCGCGUAGAGAAGUAUCGUUUUUUUUUUUUUCAUUGUAUUGGUAAAAUGUCAAAUCUUCUCGAUUUGAAGAAACUAGGCGCGGGUGGUCCUAGUUAAUUUUUUCAGCAUGCGCGGGAAGUGGUCUUGGUAAUGCUGUUCAGUAAGCGUGCAAGGUAUUGGAAAGUUCUGGAAAUACGUCGUUGACCGGUCAGCAUUAGAUUCCAUCCUCCAAACCACUUUUUCCUUUUACCGCACUUACGUAAAAAUCUCUAAGUCUCUUCAAAUUGUUAAAAUAAGGCCUUGAUACCGUCAAUCAUUCAAUCUUACUGAAAAAAACUUAAUCACUAUGGUAUCACGGGCAUCAUUUAACGACUGGUUUUCUUCACCUUUCUUGGCCGUUCACAAGUGACUGAAAUAGAUUCUAAUGGACCAUUAAUAAGAUCUCAUGGUGUCCCACCAGGCUCUGUUCUUGGUCCUUUGUUAUUCCUAAUUUAUAUUAAUGAUUUUCAUAACGCUUCAGCGAAAUUUGUUGUAUGGCGACAAAAACCUUAAAUCUUUGAAAAAACGGUCAAUAACCAACUGGUCAGAGUCUCGGAUUGGCUCAAUGCAAAUAAGCUAACAUUAAAUGCUAAAUAGUCAAACUUAGUUAUCUUUUCGUCCUCACCUACGUAAGAUGGACUAUUCGGUCAAUAUUCUAAUGUUUGAUAACAGUAAUCAUUUCUUACCUCCUUGAGUGUAAGGAUCAUGUAAAAUAUGUAGGUGUCUUACUGGAUAGUCAUUUGAGCUGGAAAUACCACAUUGACAAUGUAUCACUAAAAAUAAGUAGAAUUAUUGGAGUUAUUGCCCGUCUUUAGCACCUCGUCCCUUUUACCACUCUAUUAACUCUAUUGUUAUUAUCACUCUAUUGUCCGUUUUAUAAGAUAUCAAUAUCGUAUGAAAGUAAUGACAUUUUCCAUAGCUGCUUAGUAUCUACUUUUAAUAUCUCCGUACAGUCUCAGAGUACAAUGUUUAGAGUUUUACGCAGCAUGCAUUUUAGAUAGAUAGAUAGAUAAAUAGAUUCAUACAUACAUAGAUAGAAAGAUAGAUAGAUAGAUAGUUAGAUAGAUAGAUAGAUAGAUAGAUAGAUAGAUAGCUGGAUAGAUAGCUGGAUAGAUAGAUAGAUAGAUAGAUAGAUAGAUAGAUAGAUAGAUAGAUAGAUAGAUAGAUAGAUAGAUAGAUAGAUAGAUAGAUAGAUAGAUAGAUAAGUAGGUAGGUAGGUAGGUAGGUAGGUAGGUAGGUAGGUAGGUAGGUAGGUAGGUAGGUGGGUAGGUAAGAAACUUAGUUUACGGUACGAUAAAAAGAUCAGCAUUGCUGGUGGGGUCCUGCAUACAACAAUUACAAGAAAAAUAAGGAGUACUGAAAGCAAAUGUACACUUAAAGAUUCAAAACUGUUAAAUUUUUUCUUGUAUUACAGUAUCACCGGGAUAAAGCGUUUCAUUUUUCCGGAAAAUUCCACUUUCUCGUCAAAACAAUCACUGACUCAGACAGACUCGGAUUAGUUAACUUGAAUUUAGUGUUCAGUACAGCGAACGGGGUUAUGUUCUGUGAAAUUUAUCUACAGUCUGUGGUCCACCACUGAUCCACGAUUUAUUUAUUUAUUUAUUUAUUUUAUUUUCAAGUUCUUUUUAAACGAUCCUCUAUCCCUGAUUUUCGAUCCUCUAUCCUGAUUUUCCAGUAAAACCUUGAAGUUUUGCUCAUUAAGAUUAUUCUUUUUUUUUUUCGACCACUGAAGUGAUCAGUUGUUCCAAAAUAAUCAACGCUUUCAAGCCAUAGAAUUUUGGACCAACCUGUUCCGGAAAAGCUCGAUAUGGGAUUUCUAUUAACUAUGGACAUGAAGUGCUGCAAGUAGAGUGUGCGGUUAAUCAAGUUGAAAGCUACCCGUAUAAACACAUCCGUGACACGUUGGGGUGGAUUUCCACUGAUGCGUUUUGGCUCCGCACGUUAACGCACGUAAAUUUUAAUCACGUAAAUCAAAUAGAGGUAAGACAUAAAGUAUUGAGAUUAAACAUCAAAUUAAGCAAGUUUCUACCUUUGUACGUGCGGCCUUUCAUACAUUGCCUUUAUUUUAUUUGCGAACGCAAAUUUUACGCACGUCAGCACGUAAAAAUUACGUGACAGUGGAUACUUCAUCUCAAGUAUUUAUGAAGUGCAACACGACUUCACAUCGUAACAACUGCGAAAAUCUAUCAAUUAAAUAUAUAAAACAAUCUAUUUAACCGUACAUUUCCUGUAAUUGUGACAAUACUCUGAGAAACGUAAUGCCUUAAAAGCCACAAAAUCCUGAGGAUUUUCCCGCUAUAAUAUUUUCUCAUCCUGCUUGGGGAUAUUUCCUUUUUAAAGUGCCUGCAUGUCGUGCAUAAUUACACGAAAAUCAAGGGCCUCCAUUCGAGGAAGAUUACGUCAUUGCCAAACUUACAUGGGUCAUUUCAGUCAUCGCCGAAAAUAAACUGCAUUCUCAUCACGAGACUCAUUUCCAUACAAUGAAAGUCGUCACGAUUCUUAUCCCCAGUUUCCACGGUCUUCGUUAGGAACGUGGGACCUACAAACCAGGUCCCACCGACGAAAAAAAAACGAUCAGAUUUUAAGAGUCUCGCUCUGCUCAAGCAAGCUCGACUAACAAGUGCUGCACCCACAUAAAAUAAUCGAAGUGAAAAUCGGCCGGAUCUCACCUAUAUACCAAAAAAGUUUCAUCAGAUCCUGAAUCAAGGAGAAAAUGGGAAAAAGGAAUCUUGUUGUUCAAAGCAUUUCGUACCAAACGACUACAGAAUUAGUCUCGCCGGACAUAGAAAGGUCGACUUAAAAACAGGAGGCAUCCCUUGCUGUUUCUGCUUCGUCUUCAGCCAAAUUAAAUGUUAAAGAAUAACGGGGACAUAAGGAAAAGUAUCCCAUGAGAAAAAAAGAGGUCGGUAGAAUCGUCAUUGAGCGAUGAAGUACAAGCUGUUAACUUAUUGGUCUUCCAGGGAUCGAACAAUUUGCUGAAGGACACGUUUAGAACUGGAAAUCCUUAAAAAUAACUUCCUAAAGCAAGGAAGAAGGGUUAAGUUUUCACGUUUGGUCUGGAACGCCUUUUGAGAGAUGAAACUUUACUUUACGUUUAGCGUUUUGGAAGUAUUAUAGAAUCAAGCGUUUCCGUCUAACUUAUUAUAUCAGUGUGAGAGAUGUCACUCAUGUGAAAACAGGUCCCUCGGGAAACCAGUUAGUUUUGUUUUCCCUCGAGUCCUGAUGUUUCCCGAGACGAAGUCGAGUUCUUGUUAAACAAAACUAACUGUUUCCCUCGGGAUCUGACAUUAAGUGUAUAAUAUCACACACAAUUAAUACAUGUAGUUAGUGUGUUAAUACAUUAAAUUUGCUACAGGUUGUGACAUGAUAGAUUAUAAUGAGGAAUUCUUCACAUGUAGGAUCAGAGUGAAUAAAAGACCUGUGCUAACAAUAACCCAUGCCGACUUGCUUGAUUUAUAGCUGAUUUCAGUGUUGUGUAUACAGGGGCGGAUCUAGGGACGGUGCAGGGUGCGCCCCCGAGAUGACCUGCGGUUUUCUAAUACAACUGGUAUUCUGCAAAAAAAAAAACUAUAUGGUUUAUUGCUGUUGACGUACAGAGACGAGUGCACCCCCUCCUAAAAAAAUCCUGGAUCUGCCCCUGGAAUACACCCUGAUUUUUAGACAUGAUUCGACGAAGAGGUUACCAAGCAGUACAGUAUUUUACCUUGAAUAUCCUACAGGAAUCAAAGCACACAAUCUGAAAGUUACUAUAAUGAUAGCUUGAAUGUUUGUCUUGUAAUUCAGAAGAAGAGGACCGUGAUCUAUAAUUUGUUCUCCUUUUCAGACAACAGCCUCUCAUACAAGUCACGCAAUCUACUCGCAAUACACGUUAUCGAUCGGGCGUGUGGACGUCUCGAUCAAUAAGUUCUUCGGCUCUUUUCUCAACUUUUUUUUUGGGCUUCUACCUUGAUCUUUAAAGAAAUAUCAUAUUUUACCCUUUUUCAAUAAAAAACAAAUGUUGCUUUCUUUUAUGUAUGGUUUUCUUUAUUUGUGCUCACUAGGGUCAUAGGUCGAGGACCGCGCAUUGCUAUAUUUUUCAAUGGUCGACAAAACAUUUAUCUGUUGAUUUCUUCUGCAAAACGUCAAGUUUUCCUGUUAUUUUUUAACAAUGCAGAAGCUAAGUAAGGACGAAAAAGUACCAACUUGAAGAAAUACAAAUUUCCCCCCCUGUUAACUAAAUUUGCAUUACUGUUACAUGUAAAUUAAUUACGGGUGGUAUUCACCAACGGCAAAAUACCGAAACCUUGACAUACGGAAGAAGACUAAACGAUAAACCAUCGGACUAUUUCGCUUUUCGCCGUAUUGAUAAUAUUUCGUCCAUUUUGAAGUCGCCUACAGAAAUACAUUAAAACUCGGCAAUCGAACUCCAGGUAUCACAUGUUAUCAUAAUUUCUGUUUCAUGUCGCCGCUUUCCAGGCAACAUAAGCUUUCCUCUUCAGGUAAAACGCAUUUGUCGGGAUUCUAGCUUCGUUACACUUAUGUCCUUUAGUGCUAAGCUUUCUUUUCCAGCCAGAUUUUCCUCUCACCGUUUCGGAUCCCACGGUAGAACUCUAAAUUAUUUUUGCAACCGUUUACGUACUGCAAAGCGAUACGUCACGUGAUUAGUGUCCAAUCAUGACAGGUCGAAUCAUGACCGUUGAAUCAUGUCUUAAAAUCCGGGUGUAUACAUUGCAAUGAGAUCAGCUGUAACUUGAGGUCAUACCACAGGCCAAACUUGAGCUUGGUCAAAAAAGUUUUAUAGGUGUACUAAUUUCUCCUUCUAUGAUGCCAUAAUAAAAGUUACCUGUUGCUGAAACAAUUCCUUGUUGAUCCAUGCUGAAGGGCUGAUCUAUCAAAUGAUUUGUGUUCAAGUUCAUGUCAAUUACAGUAUCUUUAUUGUUGACUGUGUUCGAUUGGCUCAGUGAGACAAGAUUGUAUUUUUUUUGACACAUGAGAUCUUGAAACUGAUUUGUGCUCACAUCAACUAUUGUCUGUAUUGUCGGCUGUGAUUGUUAAAUUGACUUGACACACUGUUGUAAUUGUUAAACAUGGAUUUGGUUGGAAAACAGAAGUAUAUGUACUACCGUCUGUAGAAGAACAGUCAGAUGUGAGUAAAAUCUUUCAUUUGCAUUUGUAGAGAAAAUCCUUUAGCAGCAAUUUCAAUUAGGGAAUUCACAAGUACUAUCUCAGAAGCAUUAGGAUUCAUCUUUUGAAAGGGAAGACGUUUGUUAACUCUGACAAUGUUCCUUUGAGUUUUUCAAUAGCCUAGGGGUCUAAGUUUCUCAAUUUCAAAGGACAGGGGUUAUAAAAAAGUAGACAACACGCCCCUCCUCUUAUGACCUGGUGUGUAUGUAUGAUGCCUUGGCUUGAUAAUCUUUAAGGCCCUGAUUGACCGCUAAUGUUUCACUGUUCGUCUACCUGGAAGUUUGGGUUUUCGAACUGAGUUAACAAGCAUACGUGCUUUACAUUUGACACAAUAUUUUUGUAGGAGGAACAACAAAAAGCCAUGGCCUAACGUAAACAACGUCGUUAUCAACAGUUUUUGAUACUUCAUGAUCAAGAUCAUGUUCAACAUUUCCUCAAUGGCAUACGUAGAGAGAGGUUUUUUUCAGUAAUUUUGCUGCAAUCCUUAAGGUGAUCUAGGGUAUCGGUCAGUGGAACAACUCUGAGUACUGACACUGGAGUUGGGCCUGGUGAAGCCUUUGCCUGGGUCACGAUCAUAAACUUUAUCUCUAUUUUCAGACAUAACAUUAAGGUAUUUGACUCUGUGGGCCAGGAAAAAAAUGAAUUUAUCGUAUCUUUCGGUCGGUUUGUAAAGUUAUAAAAUCAUUUCACCUUAAACUUAACUUUCGUAAAGGUCUUUCUUGUUACCGCCUUGGUUUAUUCUUCUACAUUUUUACCAGAAUUUUACCUGGUUUACUUUUUAACUUGCAAAUUUUAAAGGCCCCGUUCUUUCCUCGAAUGUCAAUUUGACAACUUCAAAAUUUACUUGCUCCAUCUUGAACUUUUUUCGACAACAAUUUGAUUUUACCGCCAGGCGCCACGAAGGCCGAAGGGCCCUUAGGCCCUCGCUUCCACGCAACGUCCGGUUUUUUUUCCUGCAACGGCGUAUUCAAAGAUAUGUUUCAGAAAAAUAACCAAGCUUUUGACCGGGCAAAACAAACCACCCUUAACGAUAUAUGCCCAACAAAGCCGACAAAACUAGUCUGCAUGCGAAGUAGGACGUAAAACAUAUGGGUCACAUAUGAUGUCAUAAAAGUACUUCUGCCUUCGAAAUCAAUCGCAAAAGGAAGUUAUUAACAAAAUUAUAAACGUUGUAUACGCUUAGUGAGGAAUAAUAUUUUAAUGAAAAAAUAAACUUAUGGUAAAAAUAACAAUAAUAUAGCCUGCGAAUGCAGCCGUUCUCUCCUUGUUCCUCGCCGCUAGAGACGUUUUGCCAGGAGGAACGUCUACACCUCGGCAACUGAAAUUUCAUACUGAUGACGUAAAUAAAUUUUUAAAUUUGAGUGAUGGUAUAAUCGUCGCAGUGGUAAUUGCAAUUUAAGGAAUUGCAAAUUAACCCGAAAAAAAUUUCGAGACUUCAACGUGAUUCCAACCCAUGGCCUCUACGUUAGCGCUGCAGUGCUCUACCAAUUGAGCUAUGAAGACCCAUACACUGAGAGCAGGCCAAUUUGCCGAGCUCGUCUAAAAACGUGAAAGGAAGAAAACAUGAAGAUUAUGUGAAAUGCGGAAAUACAAAUUUAAAUGAAGAUAUGAUCGUCGAAGUGGUAAUUGUUCGCAUAACAAAUCAAGUAAUCAUGGGGUUCCAAAUGUAAAUUUGUUCGACUUUAUGUUUCUCCUGGUCGAUUAUGGUAAUGUUUUGUGUUUUACUGCGAACGAGCUCCAGCAAAACUCAGAUUCUUUUUUCCAAAAGAAAACAUUUUUCCAGGAAUAUUGACUGUUUUGUAAUAGAUUCAUCACGUCUUAUCAUUUACAUUUGGACUUUGAGGAGUUUUUUUCUUUUGUCUGUCAUUUGUAAACAAUAGAUAAAACAAUAUAAAUACUGUGUCGACCAAUCAGAGCUCCUGACCAGAUACCGGACAGAUGUUACGUCAUCAGUAUGGAAUUUCUGUUGAUGCUCAACAAAUUCUUGGAGUCGUCGAAGGCCUUCAGUCUGACAAUCAGCCUCAGCAAAACCGAGGCACUGUACCAGCCUGUUCCAAACACCACAUGGCGUGUCAAACAGCUAGAGACACACACCAAGGCGUGUCAAACAGCUAGAGACUUUUCACAUGCGUGCCCUUCGUUCCAUACUUGGUAUGUGCUGGCAAGACCGCACCACAAACCUCGAGGUCCUGGACCGUGCUGAGUGUACCAGCAUUGAAACCUUACUCAUCAAGGCCCAGCUGCGAUGGGUGGGACAAAUCAUCAGAAUGGACGAUCCUCUCAUGCCCCGUCAACUGCUGUAUGGAGAACUUGUGCGCGUUACAAGGACACUGAAAAACUUGAGGCUUCAGACAGCGACAGAAGUCAAUGAUGCUCACCGACCCUCACUGCUCCCACCAGUUUCGAGGACGACCGCGUCACAGACUCAUGGCAGCAGCCUAUGAACGAAGCCAAAGAACAAUCGCUGCUGAUAUCACAACAACGGAGUUCCAGUGUCCCACCUGCUCCAGACUCUGCGCUUCCAGAUUGGGUUUGCAGAGCCACCAGAGAAUCCGUGGAUGAUCACACAACACGCAGUCUUCUUCGGACACGAUGGACAACCACCAAACAAGCACCUUUAAGCGAGGAGUUCUUUCGAAAGUUGCGCCACAUUUUAUCGUCACGCACUUCUUUCGCUAGCAAAAGAAAACAAGUAUUGUGACUUCUCUAGAACUAUAAUGUAACGCAACAAAAUGACAUGUGUCCAAGAACAUGUGUCGGAAAUAAUGGUCUAUAUUGUUCUAUAUUUUAUUUUAUUAGCUCCUUUAGGCACUUUAUAUAGAGUGGUUGUAUGCAAGCUACUAGUUUAACCAAGUCCUCUUGUUUGUGUUAGAUUCAACAGUCUUUCCACAGUUGUCGAUGUUCUCCUGCCAAGAGGCGCAGAUCCCUCCCUGAGAGGGAAAAAUGGGAACACCCCACUUCACUUAGCAGCGCGUGGAGGACAUGAGGAGAUCGUUAAAGUUCUUUUGGAUCAACCUUCCGUUGAGGUUGACGCUAAAGAUAAUUCUGGAAAAACUGCUCUGCAUUUUGCCUGCAGCGAAGGCCACAGAAAGGUUUGUCAAAUCUUGUUGAACUUCGGAGCGGACAUAACAGUGAUUUCAGCGGACAAGACAGCUCCGCUUCAUAGUGCCAUUUUGAAUGGACAUUCAGAGGUUGCGAGGGUGAUUUUGAAGCGAGGUUAGAGGUUAUUGAUUUAAUAGUAAUUGCAGUAACUCCUUCAGAGUGUAAACAGUCCGAGCCUUAUUUAUCUAUUAUUUAUUGAACGAUCCCCUCUGGGUCAUUAAAUUUAGGUCUUCUUAAGGAGUUAGUCAUAUAAAUCUGGAAGCGUCUCACUGUGGUACAAGUCCUCCGUGAAAUUCUGGUGACGACAGAUGAAUACCGACGGUUAAUUUGCUGGAAGGCACACAUUUCAUUUAAACGCUCAAUUAUGCACUACUAACAACUAUGUACAAAUUGCCUGAUCGUAUCCACCUGCUUAAGUGGCGGUAUGAGAAUCGGUUAGUGCUUUAUCCGCCGCGCGUACACUGUAUAGCCACGACGUUUUUCGGCUGCAUGCUGCGGGAUCUCAGUUUGACUCGUCCCCAUUUCUGUCCCUGCUUUAUACCCCCCCAAAAAGCAGCAAUGGCACUCAUAGAAAGAAGCAGUCGCGCAGAUAAAUCUCGCCACCUUCCUAGGCUAGUAUAAAUAUAGUGAGAUUGUGCAGAGGACAGCGCCUGGGAGUAGACUCCUAAAGGUCGUCUUUGGUCGUAAUAAUGGGGUGAUUGUAUGGCGAAGGUGCAAUAUGUAAGUGAAUUCUUCCCUUAACUUGCUGUCGUUGUUGUUGUACUUUACAGCUGCCGACAGAGAUGUAGAUACUAACGAGAAAGAACUUUUGGGAAUUCGUGACUUACAGGACAACACAGUCUUACACAUGGCCACAUGGAAUAAUGACGUCAAGGCUGCUGCGUUAUGCCUUGAGAAAGGUGCUGAUGUCGACUGUCUUAAGUGUGGCUCGGUCACCGCCCUUCACAUGGCGGCAACGAAGGGAAAUCUUGAGGUAGUGGACUUGCUUAUUUCAAGAGGUGCUGAUGUGAACAAGAAAGACGGGGACUCCAAAACACCUCUCCACAGGUUAAUUUAAUUUGCAUUGAAUAAGACUAAGCAAUGCUGAUUACUUUAAGUGUUGAAUGGACGUUCCAUAGAAUUUUGCCCACAGUCUAGAAAAUUCUAAGCUAAAACAUAUUGGUAACGUUGUUGGUGACCUAAAUGUUUGUCAUGUAGUUGCAUGUGGAACAAAACAUACAAACGCAAAUUUCCCUUCUAGGUCUCAAAAAAAUGAUUAUUUAAUCAGUGAAGAACAUUCUUGUUUCCAGAUGCAUGUCGGUUCGCUCAUCAAUGUUCCUAGUUUUGCAGGACCUUAAAAGUAUCCCCAUGUUGUCUUCUUAAUUACCAGUCUGGAAGCGAAAAAGAAGAAAAGCAGCGUUUCUUAAAUUUUAAGCUACAAUCACUUAAUUAACUAACCCGUUGAUUAUCGUUCCCAUGUAGGGCCGCUAUGUUUAACCAGUUAAACGUAAUUGAAUUUCUUGUGAAAAAGGAGGCAAAAAUUAAUGCUCGUGACAGCGAAGGACGUUCUCCGUUUCUGAAUGCUGUUGCUGCUGGGCACGUGGACUGCGCCCGAGUUCUUCUCAAACUUGGAGCUAAUUUGAGCGCAGCGGACUUGCAUAUGAAAAACUGUCUUCACAUUGCGGUAGAGAACGAGCUCUUAGAGAUGCUAUCAAUGCUUUUGGAAAGUCGUGCGGGGGUACGCUGUUUAAACAGAAGAGAUUUGAAGGAUAGAGUUCCUCUGCACUACGCGGCAAAGACAAGAGACAUCAAGGUAAAUUUGUAACGGAACUGUUAGAAAGCAAUUCAACAGCACUUGCUUUAUCAAGGGCAGAAAACUUGACAUGACGGCACCUUUACAUAGAAGUGACUAUAAUACAGUCGAGCCUCUAUAAAGGGGAAUUCUAUAAGCGACCACCAUCUCUUUCCCCUCCAUUUAUCUUAGUCCGGGUGGAGAAAAGUUUCAGUAAAUAACUGUAAACAGUAUCCCUAUAAAGCAGCCUCCUGUUAUUUCUUCAAGUACUUUAAGGCAGAACGCGAUAUUCGUUCAAAAGAAUUAAGUUCCCGGCUCACUGGUUAGUUAAUCGCAAGUCACAGCUAUCUCCCAAAUAAGUAAGUAAGUAAAGCCUUUAUUUAAAGAGGGUAGCACGUAAUAGCCAAAGGCUAAUAAACUUGUGGCCCUCAUAAAAUACACAACUAUUUACAAUCUAAUAAAUAUAGUAAGCUAAAAUAUAUAAACAAUUAAAAUAAAACAGGAUUCGUUUUUUAUAAAAAUAAAAAAUUAUUAAAUGAUAUAAUGAUGCAAACAUUGUUGUUCCUUAAAAAUCUUGGCAAACAUGUUCUUUUUAAAACAUGCUACAGAACCUAGUUUCCUAAUUUCAAUUGGUGUACUAUUCCACAGUCUUGUUGCCGAAACAACGAAAGAGCGUCCUCCUUCUGUUUCUCUUCUAUAUUUAGGACAAACAGCAUUAAUGCUUGAAUAUCUAGAGUUGCGGGAGUGCCGCUUAUUAUUCAAAAUUAAGUGUUCAUUAAGAUAAUUCGGCAAAUACCCAUUAAUUCGCUUAUACAUUAUUAUGCAUUUAUCUAUCUUAUGUUGCUCAUAAAACGGAAUCCAACCUAGCUUGUUAAACAAAGCAACUGAUGGUGUCAUGCGAUCGGCAUAAGAAAUAACGCGUGCCGCACGUUUUUGCAAUCUUAAGACCCUAUAAACCGACUCUUUAUCACAAUUUGCCCAAACAACGUUAGCGUAAGACAUAACAGGGCGAAUAAUGCUAUUUUAAAACUGAAGUCGCUGUUUAAGAGGUAGACAGGCUCGAAUCUUACGCAGUAUUGCGAUUCUAGAGGCCAACUUUUUACAUACUUUCUCAAUAUGUUCAUCAAAUGACAAUUUGCUGUCAAUUUCUACGCCUAAUAAGGUAGCACAAUCCAUAUUACUGAGCUGUUUUCCGUUUACGAAAACAUCUAUGUCACUUCCAUUUAUGUUAGCCACACAUCUUUUCCCAGUGAUCGUGAGUACUUUAGUCUUGUCUUCAUUUAAUGGGAGCUUAUUCGCUAAAGCCCAUAAUUGAAUUUCAGAGACAGACUUAUUUAGUGAUGAACUUAAGGUGGCUAAGUUUUUCACAUCCGCAAAAGCAGUGACAGUCGUAUCCUCUGCGUAAAGGUCCAACUGAGCACUUGUAUACAAGGGCAGAUCGUUGAUAAACAAAAUGAAGAAUAAAGGACCUAAAAUACUGCCCUGAGGGACUCCAUGCAACAUCAAAGCUUCGCUUGACUCACCCCCAUUUACACGGACCACUUGCUUCCUAUCCAACAAAUAAGAGUGACACCAGGCAAGCUCCCGGUUGGCUAUACCGUACAGUUCCAACUUGCGCAACAAUAGCUUAUGGUCCACCAUGUCGAAAGCCUUUCGAUAAUCAACCAGGACCAUGCCGCAUACAUGAUUAUUAUCUAGGCCGAACAAAAGCUCGUCAACUAACUUGAUUAGAGCAGUCUCGGUACUGUACAUCCCACGAAACCCAGACUGUCUAGAAUACAGCAAGUUAUAUGAACACCUUCUCGACAUCACGGUAGGUCGUCUGACUCUCACAUGUUUGCAACUGGUGGUGACUGACGGGAAUGCCAUGUAAGUGAUAGGGAGCCUACAUCAGUUAUUUUCUAAGACGGACAUUCUUAGGAAUGAAUAACGGCAUGGCCCAUCUUUACAGCUUCAAGGUGUCCAUUGAGGAAGAGUUACUGUAUUUGAAAACAGUCAAACUUACUCUCUUUCAAGUGGCCUCCCUUGAAGAAGGAACAAGUGUCCACUCUAUUAGGUGUUAAGUGGUGUACUGACAAGUUUGUUCGCCGAUACUCUAGGAACUUACCGAUAGAUGACAGCUUGACCCUUUAAGCCCUAGUAUCAGCAUGCGUAAUCUCUGCACUUCUCUUUAUACAUUCUUAUGGUCCUGCUCGAGAAAAUUUGUUCAAACAUCAAGGUAUUUUGUCUGUAGUGAUUAUUUCGUUCAUUCUCGUGACCUGUAGCGUGCUGUUGUUGGGAGAAAUUGGAAGCUGGUCACUAUUGAAGCCUAAAGAAUUAAUGAGGGGCCGCUUAAUAGACACUCGGCUGUUGUGUAGGAGAUCAAUAAAUGACACUGACUCUGGCAUACGGUUUCAUGUUUGUAGAUUUUAGAGCUCGUCUUAUCCAAGCAGAAGCACUUGGGCUUCAGCGAUGAGAGUCAGAAGACACCGCUUCACCAUGCAGCAGAAAAGGCCUCAUCCAAACACGUUGAAGUUCUGGCAAAGCACAUGUCUGAAAUAAAUGCGCGAGAUGAACUUGGCCGAACACCAUUGCACAGCGCUGCAAUGAAAGGGCAGAGGCAAGAGAUAUAUUCUAGAAUAUUCUUUUAUUUCUUCACAGUUAUCGCUGUUUUUCCAUUAUGGGUGAAAGCGAUCUUUGCUACUUGUUUGGAUACAGAGUCGACCGUAGAUCAAAGAUGUUCUCACAAGCAAGCAAUUAUAGUGACGCAAGACGUCAAAACUCGAACGUUACAUUUUUUACGACUACUAAAUCGUCCCUUGUUUUGGAAGAAUAAAUGUGUCUGAAUUAAUAAAAAAGGUACCUACAGAAAUUUCAAGUGCGUUUUAACAAUUUGACCCUUGAGCUGAAUAAAAAGCAGUUGAAAGUAGCUAGUUAGGGCUUAAAACGGAUAAAUUAAUCGCUGGAAACACACGAAAAGUUGCUCUUGGCAAAAGCAACCGAUUUGUAACAGACCUACAAUCCAUCUUUCCUGACCCCACAAUCGGGUGUCUAGACAAAAUUAUUUCAACUAAACACUCACAAAGCGUUUUUAUGCUUGUACACAAUGUUCUUAUAACACGAGCGCCACGACAUACCUGAAAUCUGUCUGUCAACAACUUCAGGAAAUUACACAAUUACCCACGUUCGCGGCACUGCCAAAACUAUCCACAACCAACCAGGGACAAUGUUUCCACACUUAAUACUGGCGAAAUAUCAUCAAACUACUCAGCUCUCUCCCGAUAACUCUCGCUUUCUCCACAUUAAUCAUUAUAUUUAAAAGAUGUUUCGAUAAAGUUUUUCAGAGGCCAUACCGAUAUUUUUCAAUCGCCUUAAAAGUGUUUUUUUCCUUGUCUGAUCGCUAUACAAUUUUCACCAGUAAUUGGCUAUGGAUUGAAAUUUGUGAAAAUGUAGUUUUAAUUAAAAUCGCUAUUACUAUGACAACAAGAAACAAAAGAACUUUUAAAUUGAUAAAAGCCGAAUUUUGUGUGAUCUAGACCAGCUACUGAAAAUCCAACACUAGGAACUUAAAGUUUGGUGUUUAGCAAACAAUCUUCGUAAGACGUAAAAAAAUUCAACUGAAACGAAAAUAUUUUUCCAAUCUUAAAUUUUAAAUAGCCGUGAUAGAUUAUUUAAUAAAAACGUUAUAAAUAACUCAAAUUAUUUUUAUGUAGCGUCAGAAUGCUGCUUAAUAUCAUAUUUCGAUGCUAGGAAAUUUUGGUGUAUUUUCGUUCUUGCGAUCUUGAAAACUAACCCAUUUUCUCACCACCUGUAUAAGUGCAACUUCAUUCAGAAUUUGGACUUUUAGCGCUUUCUUGUAUAUCUCUGAAACGACUCGAACGAAUUUUUUUAAAAUCUCCUCACGUAAUCUUCAUAAUGUAUAUAAAAAUGUCUGAAACUUUCAUGAAGAUUGAUUCACUGCAACACCAUGAAAUUUCAAGACAAACGUAUCCUACGAACCGGUCAAAAAUCUGCGUUACAACAUUCACUGUUUUGACGUUAAGCUAUUUUUUCCAAAAGAAUGCAUACUAUACAUAUCUCCAUGACUAGUACAUUUUAGUUUGAAUUUAUCGCACCUUUUGAUUGUAAAACAUUGACAAUACUCACACUGAAAUUUACUAGUCAUGGAUAUAUGUAUUGUCCGCAUUAAUUUAGAAAAAUUAGCAUAACGUCAAAACAGUGACUGCUGUAGCGCGGAUUUUUGACCGGUUCGUAGGAUAGUUUUGUCUUGAAAUUUCAAGGUGUUGCAGUAAUCAAUCUUAAUGAAAGUUUCAGACAUUAUUAUAUACAUUAUGGAGAUUAUGUGAAGAGAUUUAAAAAAAAUUUGUUCGAGUCGUUUCAGAGAUAUAUUUUGAAAGAAGUUGCACUUAGACAGGUGGUGAGAAAACGGGUUAGUUUUUAAGAUCGCAAGAACGAAAAUACGCCAAAAUUUCCUAGCAUCAAAAUAUGAUAGUAAGCAGCAUUUUGACGCUACUUAAGAAUAAUUUGAGUCAUUUAUAACGUUUUUUAAAAAAUAAUCUAUCACGGCUAUUUAAAAUUUAAGGUUUGAAAUAUAUUUUCGUUUUAGUCGAAUUCAAACAUACAGAAUUUUUUACUUCUUGCGGAGGUUAUUUGCUAAACACCCAACUUUAAGUUCCUCGUGUUGGAUUUUCAGCAGCAGGUCUAGAUCGCGCAAAAUUAGGCGUUUAGCUAUUUCAAAGUUUCUUGUUUAUUGUUGUCAUAGUAAUAUCGAUUUUAGCAAAACCUACAUUUUGACAUAUUUCAAUCUAUAGUCAGUCAUUGGUGAAAAUUUUAUAGCGAUCAGACAAGGAUAAAAUCACUUUUAAAGCGAUUGAAAAAUAUCGGUAUGGCCUCUGAAAAACUAUAUCGAAACACUGCUGACACAGUCGAUUUAUUCAAGAUCCCGGAAGUAGAACAGCCGUUUUGAAAGGGACAUAUAGAGGCCGGCCUUCAAAACAAGUUUUAACUAAGUCUCUGGCCUGGUCAGAAAUCAGCUUCAAUUUUGCUCGCGCCGAAUAGAUUUGACUCCAACAAACUACUUUUUGAGGCCAGAGACUCGUCACCGCCAAAUCAACGCUCGCAAUAUGCUGCCUUUCUGUCUCAAGCCCGAGAUCAGUGUUUCACCCGUUUAGCCAAAAUGAGACGAAAUAUGGUAACGUGUUGGACGACGGCAGACUUUGCCAAUCGUGAGAGUUGUUUCUUCAUAAGGCUUAAUGAUGCUUUCCGGAAAACUUUGUUGCAGGGGGCCAAAAAGAAAUCUAGAAAAUUAACCGACGACGGAAAACACUUUCUACCGCGGGCGCUGAUUGCAAAUGUCAUAGCGUUUUAUGACAAGUAGAGAAUUAUGGGAAAUGGUAGGUAGGGGAGAGGUGGGGGAGGGGUAGGGAAGAUGUAAAAGGCAUAUUUGACUCAUGUUUUUUCAUCUACUGCAGCUUGUAAGGGGAUUUUUGUAGUGAAAAUAUCAUUUUAAAAAAAAAUGUCAAGUACUGAAGAAGCCUCAAAUGAGAAUGUUGCUAAAAAGUCCUGAAGGUACCUCUUUACAAAUCCAGACAGAAAUAAAAUCGACUGCGAUUACCGAAUAGGCAAGUGUUAUGUUUUGACUGCCCCCUGAAAUACCACGUAACAUUGCUUUUAUUCCAUCAAUCCUAAAGCGCUUGAAAAGAUGGCCGGUAUCGUGCAUAAGGUCUAUUCUGUAAGUCGAUUUCAGUUCCAUCCGUUACUUAAUUCUAUUUACCAUUUGCAUAUCCCUCAUUAUACACUUUGCUUAGCCCCCCCCAAAAAAAUGCAUGAACGUAUUGCGGUCGUCCCAAUUGAAGACAAUGCUUAUUCAAUAUGCAUUUUUUAAGCCGUGGCGGGGGGGGGGGGCAAGGUGUGUUAUGGGAGAUUGCAAAUGGCGAAUAAGAGAAUCCAAUGCAUUUUUAACAGUGUAUGUAAGUAUCGCAUAUUGUUUUACCAAGCUACCUGCAUUGCUUCCCUUUGCAAUAGGAAAUCCUGUCAGGUGCUUCUUAGAAUGGGAGCUGAGGUCGAUAGCAGGGAUAACAAGUUUCGAACACCUCUGAUGUGGGCUUCUCAUGGAAACCACACAAAAUGUGCGGUGAUUCUUCUUGACUCCAAAGCUUCUGUUGACCUACAGGAUGUCGGUAGUGAUACUGCUUUGCAUGUAGCGUGUGGUCAGGGUCAUCCAGCUAUUGUGAAGUUACUGUUGGACCAUGGUGCAUCCUCAACAUUGAGGAAUAAACAAGGUCUUACUUGUUUAGAAGUUGCCGCGAAAGCAGGAUCGUGUGAUGCCGCCAUGGCGAUUGCCAAACACGAAAGGUUAGCAGAGUACAAUACAAUACAAUACAAUACAAUGCCCUUUAUUUAACGGGGUCAAUUUUCUUAGCUAAUCAGCUACUUUACAGACAUGCCACAAAAAAUAAAUAAAUAAACUAGAAAUAAUAAUAGAAAGAGACGAUUUCUCAUGAAAACCUAUAUAAAAAAUAUAUAUACAGUUAAAAAUUAUUAAAACUAAGAGUAGAUCACGACAUUAUUACAUAAUGACGUUAAAACUAAGCCAAAUGUAUUUAAAUGUAUUUGGGCGAUUAAAAUUUAAAAUUUGAAAAUUAAGAAUUUGUUCAUGCUUAGCGUGCGUAUAUCGAGUUAUGGAUGCACGCGGGAAGUUUGGAGAGCACGAAAGAUGCGUAAGAGUUGCACGAGGCGAUAGCCGAGUGCAACUCUAGCUUCUUGAGUGCUCUCCAAACUUCCCAAGUGCAUCCAUAACUCGAUAUACGCACAGCUAAAAGCAUGAGCAAAUUCUUUUAUAACAUAGCUCACAAAAAUGCUUGCUUUUUGAUUAACUGCAAAAUUCUCUUAACGCGUGACACAAUAACAAACGGUUCUAUUGGCUGAUUACGAACACGCCACAAUCGUCUAGUUUGAAUGAAAAUAUUCUUUCUGUAAAAGUGAGAAAGAAAAUUUGCUUCUUUAUUCGUUAACGAUCAAUGGAAACUAAGCAGAAACAAAGGUAAAAGAGUCUUAAAGUUCACCUAAAGUUAAAAAUAACAUGUUCAUAAGAAGUCGUGGAGUAUGGUUUGGAUUUGCUGAAAAGAUGUUUACGUUUUGCUCGGCGAAAUCCAGAAAACAUGUUUUUAGCGAAGACGACUGUCAUCCUUCUUUAAACUUAUAUUCAUUUACGAGCAUUGGCUGGUCAUUACGGCUUCUUGAGGAGACCUGGCAGCAGUUGUUUUUGAGAGUAAUAAAUUUAUGUCUUCUUGCGUAAUUUGUGUUGUUAUUGCGAUAGAAAUUUUCCUGCUUCAGUCGGAUUGUCCGGAGAUAACAAAAGUGCAUAACAAAUUUAAAAACAACAAUAAAAACGGAAAUUUUGCCUUUAAAUGUUGUUGAUGACCAGUUGGUGUCUGUUCUGUUCCCAGUGAAUGUCUUUCGGCCAAAAUUUGCUGCAGCUGGUCUUCGACAAAUUUGCGAACGGCGCGCAACUUGCGAGUUUUUUUUUUAAUUCGGCUUUAUUUUUGCUGCUUCUUGGAUCAGGACCUAAAAGGUCAAUGCCGAUAGAAGAAUUGGGCAGUUCUUCGCUGGUUUCUUCCACAUUUUAAAGAGAAGGAAAAGUGCACUACAGCUUAAAAGACGACAACUUUGCAGCCAGGUAAAAAAAAUAUGCUCACGUCAUCUUAUUUACGCACGGGCGUGCGUAAAUAAAGAUUUUGUUCAUAGCGGCUCAAUAGGACUUAUAUAGGGCAAGCACGCGCGCUAUGUUAUAAAUCCAACUUAGACAUUAAGUUCUUAAAUUUUCCGAUUUUAUUAGCGGCACGAAACUGAUCCGGAAGAGCGUUCGAAAUCUUAGCUGCAGUAUAACGCCACGAUUUAAGUCCAUAGGUGGUUGUAUUUACUUUGGGUAGCUCGAGGAUGUGUUUUCCUCUAAGAUUAUAAAUGCAGUAGCUCUCCUAUCCCUCCGGGGACUUUAUACCCAUGGAUAGCUUUGUAAACACCGGUGGCCAUUUUAACAAUUCUUUGAUUAAGUGGGGACAGCAAGUUUAGUUUUUUUAGCAACGUCUCGUACGUAGCUCGUUCAUUGAUUUUUUCAAGUUUGGCGCAACCUCUUUUACCACAGUGAUGCCACGACUCUGAGCAGUAAUUGAAAUGCGGUGCAAUGAAAGCACGAUAUAUAUCUAUCCACAAUUCAAAAGGUAAUAUUUUCUUCAAACGAUUAAGAACAGCAACCUGUUGACUAACUGUACGGCAGAUUUUACGAAUCUGUCCCUCAAACUUAAGCUUGUUAUCGACAGUGACGCCGAGGAGUUCCAUUUCGUCUUGAAUAGGGAUAACGGUUCCUUCACAGGUCAACACUGGAUUUCUCUCGACCCUUUCAAAAGUAAUUGCUUGAUAUUUUGAAUGCUUUCUUUUCAUUUGAUUGAAUUCAAAACACUCAUCGGCAUUUAUGGCAUGUUCAACCUGGUCGAUAUUUUCCGCAGACUUAAACAAUUGAGUGUCGUCGGCAUACGUGAAUAAUGUACAUUCGUCUAUAGCAUAAGACAGGUCAUUCAUGAAAAUAUUAAAGAGAAUGGGACCUAGAAUUGAUCCCUGGGGGACACCCUUCAUUAUGGUUUUCAUAGAAGAGUGUUGUCCAGUCAAUCUGACACGUUGCUGUUUGGCACUUAAAUAAUUCGUAACGAGAUUGAUAACUUUUGUCAUGAGUAUCCACCGUUAUCUUCAAGCUUUUUGACAAUAAGGUUAUGGGGAAGGGUGUCAAAUGCUUUUGACAGAUCCAUAGACACCAGACUAAUAAGUUUGUGAUUAUCUAAUUCUUUCUUGAAUUGUUCAGUUACACUAAGGAUAGCUGUGUCGCACCCAUGAUAAUCUCUAUAUUCAAAGACAUUGUUAUGAUAAAUAUCUUCAAAGUGUGAAGCAAGUCUUGAGUGAACGAGUUUUUCAAAAACUUUGGAUAAGACCUGCAGGAUUGUUAUAGGGCGAUAGUUUGUCUUUGUUAACGUACAGUCUUUCUUGUGGACCGGGACAAUUUCACCUAGUUUCCAACUCGAAGGCACUUUUCCCCUUUCAAAUAGAAAAUUCACUAAAAAGCUGAAAGGCUGACGCAUAAUUUCAGCGGAUUCUUUGACAGCUCGAGCUGGAAUUUAAUCAUGUCCAGUAGCAUUGUUUGUCUCAAGAUUCUUUAUAAUUCUCUUCACUUCACCUGGGCUUGUAUUUGUUAAGGUGAAGGGCGGGAUUGAUGAGCUUUUAUUGUCUGGUAUGACUUUGGAGGCAAUUGAUUGAAGUCAGGGUGCUGAGAACUUGAAAACAUUCUGCCAGAACCUCGGCGACUUUCUUUUGUUCUCUAAUGAAACCACCAUUGUCUUUCAAAACAAUACGCUCAUUGUGGAAAGACUGUUUUUUCCUGGAUGAAAUAUACGGUCUUAUUGUGUUCCAAAACUUCUUUUGAUCUGAAUAUUUAUCAUCGCAGAUUCUGGAAAAGUGAUCUCUUACUCUUUUCCUCCUCAUACUAACAAGUCUGUUUCUUAGUUGGCGGUAUUUUUCCCAGUCUUCAGGCUUUCGAUUACGUUCUCUCAUCACUUCCCGUAAUUCAGGGUUUAUAAAUUGAAAUUGAUCGCGAUGUUGUCGGCGAAACGAUUUAACUGGAGCAUGGUCAUUCAGAUCUUCAACGAACAAUUUUCCCAAGCCCAAUAUACAUCUUCAGGUUCAUCAAAGACGUAAGCCGUCGAAAAAGGAACCAAACUAAGGUCGUUACAAAAAGAGCCUUCAUCAAAAUUCUUGAAAGAGCGCACUCGGAUAAUUUCGGGUUCAGGUUGCGGUAUUUUCUUAUUUAGAACCGUUAAAGUAUAAACUAGGCAAUGAUCACUGAGGCCAACCUCCAAAGUUCCUGUUUCUCUGAAAUGACCUGGAACAUUCAUCAGGAUAACAUCUAAGCAUGAAGAACGCUGAGGAGAUAUUCUUGUGGGUGAAUUAUUUAAAGAAUCCAGAUCAUAAAUGUCACAAAUGUCCAGCAGACAUCUUAAUGUCAGUAAUAAUUAGCUUAAGCCAACUCAAUAACAAUAAAGUUACUACAAAUUGCAAAUAUAUUAUCUCACCUUUAAUUUUGUAAUACCUGCCUGAAACCCCCCCCACCCCAAACAAACAAAUAAAUAGGUUUGAAGCCCCGGAAAGAUCCUUUCCACAAAGUUGGUGGAAAGGAUACUCGUAACUUAACAGUUGGUAAUCCAAAGGAGUUUUCGAAAGAACAAUAUAAUGAUUAGAAAUACACGACAAGAGUCAAACAAGUUAAGGAUCGCUAUUUUCAUUUUCGAUUCCUGAAAUGAAAGCGCCGAGUUCGUUAUUAGCUGGUUUUGUCUCUCUCGAGAUGAAAAGAAGCGAGCUUCAUUCUCUGUGCCAGUAUUCAGAUAGAAAAUCAUGUUUGCCAGGUCAGGACUUUUGGAGAGGCCACGUUAUGUAAUACUCCUAAUUAAAUAAUUUAUAAUGGUGCUUAUGAAUACAUCGUAAUAUAUACAUUGUGGGGGGAAGGGGGAGGAAACGUCGAAUGUCAAGUCAAUUUGUUUGCUUUUACCUGCAAUUUUAAAGGUGGAAGGAACUUAAGCAAUAUCAAACAUCAAACGAUCAAACUGCAAUCUCACUCCUGGUUGAAAACUUCCCAGAAGCAGCUGAAGUUGUUCUUGAUCAAUGCGUACGUUCCUCGGACCAUCUCAACCCAGCCGACCCAGACUACACUGUAACUUAUGACUUCAAGCACCUAGAUCCUGGUCCAGAUGCUGACAUGUCGAGUGGAAGGUUUUCCACUGUUCAGAUGAUGAUAAAGCACAAGCGUGAACGACUUCUUCUUCAUCCUCUUACGCUGAAAUUUAAUGAACGAAAGUGGCAGAGUUUAGGAAGAUACGUCUUCUUAUUCGACUUUGUUACUUAUCUCUUGCUUAUGGUGCUCUUUACUGUAUUUAUAGUCGACGAUAGGUCAGACCACACCUUCAGUGAACCACUACAGCAAAAACCGUCAGAUUAUUACUACGACGAAGACGACCUCUUCAAAGGAACUAUGUCAUUUUUGAUCUUGACUUUCUCCUUGCUCCACAUAUGCAAAGAACUGUUGCAAAUUUACGUUCAGCGUUGGAACUACUUCAAGGACCUGUCUAAUUACCUGAACUGGGCACUGUAUAUCUCUUCAGCCUUGUUUAUGGUCCCCUACGUCGCAAAGCCAGAAGACGUCGACAAGUUUUUUGACAGUACGAAGGCCUCCUUAGUACUUUGGAAUAUUGGAGCUGUUGCAAUCUUCGUGUGCUACACCAACAUGAUGCUGUUUCUCAGAAGAUAUCGCUUGUUUGGCACUUACAUCUCAAUGUAUAUUGAAGUGACGAAGACUGUAUUCCAAGUUAUGUUCGUGUUUGUUUUUCUGGUUCUGGGAUUUGCAUUGGCUUUUUUCGUCCUCUUUAAAGAACAGGUAAGUUAGUUCUCAGGUAUUGUUGGCUAGUCAGUUAAUCUUGCGAGGAAAAACCAGAAUUCUGUAAUUACUGAGUUAAUUUAUCUAUAAAAAAAGAUAAGAAAGAAACCUUAGGUUUUGGGAUCCAGACAAAAUGCCCCUUUUCCUUUAUAGAGAUUUCCCUUCAAUAGAGGUUGAUACAACAGCGGAUACAAAGAUUACAUUAACAUUUUUCCGGGACCAAAUUUUGUUCUCCCUUGAAGGGGUUGUCCCAACGGAGAGGUUCCACUGUAUCAAACAUAUCCAGGAAGACUAUUAGAAGAUGACGUCAAUUCAGUUCAACUACGUACUAGUAUCCUAUGUUUUGAGGGAUCCGAACCCCCAAAGGUUCUUUCGUUAAAGAAAGAAAUAAUUAAAAACAGUAGUAAAUAUUAUAAUCACUGCUGAUCGAAGAGCGUUGUGACAAUUACCAAAACGUUUCUCGUUGUAACUGAUGCUGGGCCAGUUUAGGGUUUUGGUUUUUAGCAAAUCAUCACAUCUGCUCUAUUUAGCCCUCUCGUGAACAUUUCUAGUUUCAAUUAACACUACGGUCUUGAACGCGCUUGACCUCCCAUUUUUGUUUUCCUUUGACAGUCGCUAACUUAAUGCAGGGAGAAGCCAAAGAUCGCGUUUUGUUGGCUGGCAAAGACGUAUCGAAACCGGUCCCUUGAUUUUACCGAUUAUUCCAAGCAACCUAUAGCGAUUUUUGGCUCGUCCCUGCUUCAAGGUACUGACACAGAAAGCAGUAGAAGUCUUUUUUUAAGCGAACGCUGUUCAUUGCACUAAAUUGCCAAGAGUCGACCUAAUGGUGUAACUCCACUGUUAGUAUGCAACUAUAUGUAAACCUCAUGAAACCCAAUUCGGGCGAGCGCUCGAAACGUUCGCUUGUGAGUCAAAUUAAAUGGUGGCCGAUUUUCUUUAUCUACUCACUUGGUAAAACCGCAUUUUAUCUCAUCAUUAUCAUUCAGCCUGCAUUCCAUUCAGUGCAUCAUUCCCUGCUCCGCGUGCUUGUGAUGAUGAUUGGUGAACUGGACUUUGUACCAACCUUCAUAGACACCAUAGGAGAGAAGUGUGAAGAGAACAAGAAUCUGUUAAAUCCAUUCCCUUUUACUGGACAGUUCUUCCUCUUUUUGUGCUUGUUUCUCCUUACUACCGCUCUGAUGAACCUUUUGGUAAGGAACCGGUUUGAUAUGUAUUUUUAACAGCUGAAAGAGUAGCCUGAGAAAACGGCCGACAUUUCGCGACAGUUUCCCCGCGAAAUGACAUCUGAGAAACGAGUACAGAAAUUCCAUACUGAUGACGUGUCACUACCCUGAUCUGGGUAGUGCUCUUAAUUAGUUGAAGGAAAUUUCCCUCGCCGCACGACCAAUCGGAAGUUCUGACAAGAUCUGGGAAGUAAAACGUCAUCAGUAUGACAUUUCUGUGCUCGUUCCUCAGACAUCAUUUCGCAGGGAAACCAUCGGUGGCGUCCAAAAGUUCGUCUGUUUCCUCAGGCUGUUGAAAGAGCCUGUUGUAGUUUUCUGCGCAUAUGUAGGACUUUGAGUUUUAAUUCGAAAGAACAGUUUUCAAAUAUAAAUUUGGUAAUGAAAAAACACUUUUCCAACUGGUAUCGAUUUCCUUAGAACUGUGUAGGCUAAUGUUAAAUUUGUCGAAACAAUCACGCGUCAUCUGUAAAGGUUCUGCACAGGACAUUUUUUAUCUUUUCUAAGUCCAAAUCUAAAUGUGGUUUAGUCGACAACAUCCACGAGGGACAUCACGCCAACUCUAAAACACUUGGGAUUGGAGAUAUAAAUUUUAAACGAAGAUAUGAUCAUUGCAGUGGUAAUUGAAACUUAAGUAAUUGCAAAUAAACCCGAAAAAAAAAAUUGAGACUUCAACGGGAUUCGAACCCAAGGCCUCUGCGUUACCGCUGUGUGCUGUACCAUUUGAGCUAUGAAGACCCAUCCCUGGGAGCAGGCCAAAUUGUUGAGUUCAUCUCAACCCCUGAAAGGAAUAAAACAAUGAUGAUGUGGAUUGCGGAGACCGAGGCACAAAUUUUAAAUAGAGAUAUGAUCGUCGCAGCGGUAAUUGCCAUUACCACUUGUUGAUUACAAGUUAGUCAUUGGCCUUGAAAGAGCCCGCACACGACGUUGUUAGUUAAAGCCGUAUAUGCGCAUUUUAAUGAUGGUCGAAAGUAGCUUCGCGACUACUUUGGGUUUUGGUACACGCGCUCGGUUGGUCACGUCUAACUGACAGUAAGUUCAUCGUAUUCUUGCCGUGACUGCCAUUAAAAAAACAUUUUUAAUCAAGAAAAAAAAAGAUAUAACCGUAUUUACUGGAACGUUCUAGCUACAGCGAUCAGUUACCUUAAAGGUUCUUUGAUGUAGCUAUUUUUCGAAGAUGGCGAUGUGGGGUUUAGCAAGUGAAGUUCGCUGCGUUGAACAGUUUUUAAUUUCAUGUAAUGGGCGGAUGACAUAAGUGGUCCAAUAAUAAAAAAAGUAUUUGGCGAAGCACUUCGUAACAAAUUAAGCCAACCAGAAACGGACAAGUCAGACGAUAUACUAAGUUUACUUUUACAAAUGUUUAUUUUAUUGUAAUAAAUUUUACCGUACAAUUUUCUUGCAGGUUGGUCUGGCCGUGGGAGACACCAAAACAAUGAAGAAAUAUGCCACGAUCAAGAGACUUGUGAUGCAACUGGAAUACCAGUUUAAAAUAGAGGAGGCGUAUCCCAAAAGCAUUAUCCGAAAGGUUUACGAAAGCAUUCGUGUAGAGAAGCCCAACAAGCUGUCUAGAGUCAACAGGUAUACCUCAUUUUGACCAAAUGGCGGUAAUAAAGCGUAUGUGUGUGUGUGUUCUCAUAGUUCGUUUGUUCGUGGGCACUCAUAUAACUGUCACCGAAUAUUUUCAGUCAGGUUUUCUUUUCAUUAACGUUUAUUCUAAAUAUUGCUUGUCGCAAAAUCGCUUUGGAUAUUUUAAUUCAUAUUUUUGCCUAGAUAGUGCAAGACCACGAAAUUGUCUUGGUUGCCAGGAGUCGCUGGAAUAGAAAGGCAAUCACCGCCUAAUAUUUGCAACAGCUAUUGCUACACUGUUGAUCAGUUUUGAUCAGUUUUCUUGAUAGGGUUACCGGAAAUUGGAAUUCCCAUAUCGGUGGUAAAAUUCGAUUGAAAGGAAAAUACAUUUCAACUUGUUUUACUCCUCAGAAUAGAAGAGUGGCUCCAUGCAAGGUUUGCGGAAGCAGCUCCAGAACCGGUCGAAGAGGGUCAAACAUCUGAAUUUGCUGAACUAAAAGAAGAGAUUUUAAAAAUCAAGAAGAGGAUCAAAUCUAUGAUGGCCAUGAUGGAGGCCCUAGAACAAGCUGCUCAAGAACCUGGCAGUUGCCGUCGACCCAAAAUUUAAGUUUCCGCAAGAUGUUGAUAAAUGAAUGAGUGGUGUACCGCGGGUACCGCUAAGUGAAGCCAGCAAAGAAAGCGAAAUGCUAACGUAACAUUUAUUAAGCGUCUAGUUUACAAGAGGGUAAAAGCUCAUGGAUGCUGCUUUUUAAAGUGUGUUGUGUUCAGUUCUUUGAUAAAAAAGGACGUGCAUGUCUAUAGCUGACGUUUCAUUCAGCAUUCAUAGCAGUGCUUCUGCAACGAUUAAACGUCUGAUGCAUUUUUUGUAAAGUAGGGUAACCAAUCGUAAGGUGAAGCUAAUUAUAAGUGAUUUUCUCCGCACCUGCACCAUUGCUUUGGCAAACAGCGUCGUUAACCAAUCACAUCUUUUUGUUAGGAUUCAUGAACCAACAAACAGGAAUACACACGUUUCAAAAUUUCCUGAUUUUUCUUAGUCGCUUGGCGCCACGGAAUUUUAUAGAGACCCAGCAGUUUGAUUUUGUGUAGUUGUCACAGCUCACGAAGACCGUAACAUAACCCUAUCGAAACUAGAGUGGAAUACGGAGAAAUAUUCUGAUUGUUAUUGUAAAACAAUUCAGCUCUUCAACGCUGGGCUCUUUGAAUCUCCAGAAUUAGAUUCAGGGGCUUUGCUUGUUGACGCCCUUGGGGAUGACGUAGUUGACCCCUAUGGGGCGAUUGUUUAAACAACACCUUUUCGUAGGACCUUUUCAUAGCUCUGAUUAAUUUGUAUUACUUUACAAAAUAAAAUCGGUUGAGCUUUACAAAGUUUAUCGAAAUGUGCGUUGCAAAGGUAUGAAAAAAGCACAACGCACAUUUGGAUAAACUUUGUAAAUCGACUGUAAAACUCAAUCGAUCAUUUGCGUUGCACAGUAUCUGGCAAUUUUUUUAAAUAACAUCGGGCCUUUUUCUUGAUUCGAUUUUUGCAU